CUGGAGCAUUUAGACACAAGCGAGAGGAUCAUGGCGGAUGGCCCCAGGUGUAAGCGCAGGAAGCAGGCGAACCCGAGGCGCAAUAACGGUCAGUCAGCUCCGCCGGGCAACGGCCCGCGCCGCGCCGGGGACGCUCAGGGGGGACCGGGCCGGGGGUCGGGCGGAGUAAAACGGGGGGGGGGGAGGAAAAAGAAGAAAGAAGACAGACAGAAGCAGAUCCGAGAAGUAGAAAGUAAUUUCCCGGGCGCUCCCCGCCGGGAGCCCGGCUCGCCCUGCACCGUUAGAUCCGCUACCUGCCUGCCUGCCUCCCUCCCCGCCUCGCGCUCUCCCUCCCCGCCGCCGCCGCCGCCGGGCUGCCUCCUUCUCCGCCUAGCGGUGCCUCCUCCACUCGAGCCUCCUUCGCCGGCGAGGAGCAGCCCUGCCCGGGGACCGUUACACGCCGCCCGCUGCCUCCUCUUUCUCUUCCCCCGUGUCCCACCCUUCAUUUUGCCCGGCCGCCGCCCGUCCCCGGCUUCUUUCCCUCAGGAGCGAGAGGGCGAAGCGGAGCCGGGGGGGGGGGCUUUCUUUCUUAUUUUCCUAGUCACUCCGGUCCCUUCUCUUUGGGGGGGGGGGGGAGAGAGAGGAAGGCCGCGCCUUCGACCUUAUAACGGGCCCCCCCUCACCUCAACUUGGAAACUUAUUACCUGAGCUGAGGCGGGUCUCGCCGGCCUCCGAGGAGAAGGGGCGCCCCCUCCGACCCCGCUCCCCAAACUUUUUGUUUCGGGGGGGGGGGGGACUUUGCUAUUGCGGAGGGAGAGGGGGUCACUUCCCCUCCUCUCUCUCCUCCCCUCGCGCUGGGGAAAGUCCCCGAGGGAAGCGCGGCGCUUUUCCCUCCCGCAGCCUCCCACCUCCAGUCUUCGCGAUCCCCCCAUAGUUUGUUGUUGUUGUUUUGGGAUGGUGGGGGGGGUGGAUGGUGCGCUAAGGCUCAUAGUUUGGAGUGGGGGAGGAGAGAGAUCCAGAGGAAACUGCGUGUAACUCCCGAACUACCUGCUUGCCAGACACGCAACAAAAACGUCGAGGGCAGGAUGACUGUAAUGGGGACUUCGUUCUCUGGCGUGUGGCGUGUUUUGGCCCCGGCUGGGGAAGAAGCGGGGGGAAAGCGGGCGGCGAGGGGAAGCACUGUUGCUUGCUGCAGUGUGUAUUGAUUUUCUUUUUUCCCCUUUUUUUACAAGGGAAACGCACCACAUGCGCACCCCUGAGAUUGCCCUGGAAAGGGACCCCCUCCUUUUCUCUGCCCCUCCUCCCCUGCCUUCUAUGUAUUGCUCCCCCCUCUUCUCUCUCUCUCUCUCCCCCCCCCCCGCUACUUUCGCCUCCGCCUCUUUUAGUGCCUGCAGUGCAUGUUGAUUUAUCUCCGUAGCCAUUGAACAUAUUGUUUCUCCUCCCACACCCCCACCAACCUCCAGAUCUUGGCAGAAGUGUUGGAAGUGUUUCUGUGAGGUUGGGUGGGUGGUUUUUCCCCCCCUUCUCCCCUCCUUUAUCAACGUGAUUGGGGUGAAGUGGGGGGGGAGAGAAAGACAGAGCAAAAGGAAGGCUUUCUUUCUGUGUGGGUUGGGGAAGGGACGUGAAUCAGCUAAGUUUCUCUUUCUCGCCCUCUUCUUGGAUUUCGAGGUACCUGUUUGUAUCAUAAUCAUAAUAAUGGGUGGUAACGGUUUGUCCGCUGAGCCCCCUCCCCGCCUUUCUUCGCUGGCUAGGAACAACUGCUACAGCCUAUAUAAGGAAUGACGCUUACUUUUCAGAUUUAAGGGCUGUCUCUCCCCCCCCCCCCUUUAUGCAUACGUAUUACUUUGAAAUGAGUUGAAACCUGCGUUGAAAAGUGGGGGAAUAAAUACUCUAAACUUACGUUGUUGGAUUUUUCUUCUUAUGUAUUCUAUUAAAAAUAAUAAUAACGGGAAAACUGAUGACUUCUUAGGAUGUAAAACGGGAGGUUUUGUAACCUUUCUUGGCAGUUUUUUUUAAAGCUUUCGUUUGGCAUUUCCUGUAUACGGUUAUGGAUUGGAAGGGUUCUAGUGGUUGGUGCGAGAUCAUGACGUUUUGGACAGGAUUUUUUUUUUUUUAAUAUCUCCGAGAAGGAAUUAUGGUUUCCCCGGGUGAGAGGGCGCUACGACUUCUGAUACUUAACGUGAAACACGCACAUAAACAUUGGCCUUCUAAUCGACUAACUAGUUGAUCGGGUGGUUCUGAACUAGUAGCUCCCUGCUCUGUAUGGGGUGGGUUUAUUUAUAGCAAGUAUCAGGAUAUAUACGGGAUAUUGUAAUGCUAAUUUCCUGUUUUAGAGCACGCAUUUGUGUUGUCUGUUUAAUGUUGAAGCAAUAUUAAAGGUAAGUUUGCAAAGUGCUCCUCUCUCCUUACCUUAUUUAAAAUGUUAAUGAUAGAGAAAGGGGGCUUUUCUUGUUGCUGACGACAUGUGUGUGACAUGGGAGUCUGAACCACCCAGUCUCCGGGCAGGAGCUGUAAACAUGUUUACCUGAGCAAGGAAGAAAAUGGAUUUUCUCUUAAAGAUACGCUUAAUUGGAAUAUUAUACUUGUAAAGCAUAUUAGUAGAUGCCUUGAGAGACUGCCUGAAAACCUUCCUUUUGAAAUCAACCAGGGAAGAGGGGGAAGAGGGAUUUUGACGGCUGCAGCAAAUGGCAACUUGUGCAGGUAGGGAAAAAAUGGUGUGUGAGGUUUCUCUAGCAUGCAUGUCAGCGCUCCUGACUGCUGCUCUUGUUCUCAAGGGAGAUAUUUAUUUACCAUGCUUGCUGUCAGUGUUAUUCCUUUGUGCUUAAUAUUAGAAAAAUAGAUUUGAGGCUGUUUAGCACAAACCAUUUCGUCUGCAGCAUGCAUGACUCGUAGAAAACAAAAGGUGCGUGGGAUAUAAUGCUAUUCCAGGUAUCUUUUCAUUUUUCAUUAUUUCGGUUAAAAUCGUCACCCCAGUGUUUUCAGGUUCUGAAGGAAAGCCUUUGAUUUAUUGUUGAGUGGUUCUGAUUAUACUAUAAUCUUUUAACACAUAAAGAAUAACUUGAACUGCUCUACAUUAACCAUCACUGGGUAGGCGAGAUAAUAGAUGCCGGAUAAUAGAGAUUUCUCAGCAGUAGGUUCCUGUUUGACUUGCAAAUGUUUACCGAUCAGAAUUGCCAGGGAAAGUUAACCCUUAAACCUUUCCCACAAAUGGACAAUUGAAAUUAUUUCUAUAUCAAAUCUCUUCCAUGAAGAUGGUGUUGAUUUCAUGCCUUUCAAAGAUAGGUACCAUGUCUUCCUGCUAAUCCUGUGUAAUAUUUUUCCUGUCUCCAGUCUUAAGGAGGACAGACUAUGAUAAACUGAUUUCCAGCAAUGUGAUUUUUACUUAGUUGUAACACCAGAUUAAGUACCGCUGCUGUCUUAAUGGAGUAGUGUACACCUUUUUAAAAUGGUAUAAUUUUUUUAAAGGACUUACUUUUUGAUUCCACUGCCUUUGGCUCUUAUUAAACUAUACAUUGAUCAACUACCUUUUCUUUUUCCCCUCCCCCCUUAACAGUAUAAAGGUGUAUUAUCUUUGUGCGCCAAUGUAGGUAUACCUGAGGUAUGUGCCAUUUUUAAUCUCUAAAUGUAAUCACUGCACUGCCCUCUCAUUUGACAGUUGCAGUAUUUGAAUUCCAAGAUGUGUGGACUUAAACAUGAAUAUUUGCCACUAGAAAUCUGAACUUGAGUCAGAAAAUCUGCUCAAAUGGAGCAGCUUUUUUUUUUUUUUUUUUUUUUGCACAGGAGCUGUCAUGUCUAGUCUAGGCAAAUACAGAAAUGUCAUCUGAGCUAAUACAAAUAAAUCUAUUAAUUUCAUAUAAAAGUGUCCUGAACUAUUUAGUGGUCUGUCAGUAUUACACUGUAUAGUUUUGCUUCUGCUCUCUGUUGUGUUCUUGAAGUUUGCAAAUAAAGAGAUCUAUGCAAAUUACUUCAUUAAUCUAAAAUGGCUACUGGUUGUUACAUUUAAAUGGUACAGCUUACUUUGGACUGAUUAUAGCACUUGCUUAUUUCAGGUAUUUAUUUCUCAGCUUUCUAUGUCUUAGGUCCUCAAGGUGGAUUUAGUACAUGUUUGAAUAAAGUUGUUUACUGUGUCAGUAGGACUGGGCUGUCCUAAGAACUGCCUGAUGUCUACUCAGGUUCUGGCUGCCUUGGCCUUAAAGGCAAAGAGCAAUCAAUUUCCAGAUGAACCUACAUCCCCAACCAAAUCUAGGAGCAUAUGAUGUAACAAUGGCUAGGUCAAUUGUGGUUUGCCACAGAGUUCUUCAUGGCCAUGGCUGGCUUUGUCUGAAUAUAUAUACCUUUUAUUUGUAACAUUCCUAAAUACUUUCCCACAAUAUAUGGUCCUUCUGGAUUGUUCAAAGUACUUUAUUUCCAUUCUCUCAUCUAUAACACCUGUGUAAGAUACUAUCUCCAUUUUGCAAGUUGGGUUGGGGCUGAGAGUAACAGCUCAGAUGUUAUGUUUUGGGGAAAAACAUUAAGGAGUGAGACAUGGAAGUGUAUAAAGAUAUACCUGGUGAGGAGAAGAUAAGUUUUUCUCAAUGUCUCGUAAUAUUAGAAUCUAGAAUCGUCCAGUGAAGCUGAAUGGUGGGAGAAUCAGUUUAAAUGAAAAGGAUGUACCAGUUCACACAACACAUACAGUGGAACCUCUGCUUACAACCAUAAUCUGUUCUGGAGGUCCAGUCAUAACUAGAAACAUACAUAACUAGAGGCACACUUUUCCAUAGAAAGUAAUGGAAAAGUGAAUUGAUCCGUUCUAGACUAUGAAAAAGACCCCCUAAAACAGCAAUUUAACACAGAUUUUACUGUCCAACGAGACCAUAGAUCUAUAAAAUGAAGGCAGUAAUCAAUGUAGGUAAAGGUAAAGGGACCCCUGACCAUUAGGUCCAGUCGUGACCGACUCUGGGGUUGCGGCGCUCAUCUCGCUUUAUGGCCAAGGGAGCCGGCGUACAGCUUCCGGGUCAUGUGGCCAGCAUGACUAAGCCGCUUCUGGCGAACCAGAGCAGUGCAUGAAAAUGCCGUUUACCUUCCCGCCGGAGCGGUACCUGUUUAUCUACUUGCACUUUGACAUGCUUUCAAACUGCUAGGUUGGCAGGAACAGGGACCGAGCAACGGGAGCUCACCCCAUCAUGGGGAUUCGAACCGCCAACCUUCUGAUCGGCAAGUCCUAGGCUCUGGUUUAACCCACAGCGCCACCCGCGUCCCAAAUAAUCAAUGUACUUUACUAUAAAAUAAAUAAGACAGCAUUGUAGAUGAAAAAAACUAACUUUUUUUUUUCUUACGUGCACUGAGGGUGGGUAGGCUUACCUGGCUACAAGCUGGGGGUGGGGCAAGGGUCAGUAAAGAGCUGAUUCACUUCAGCCAGGGUCACUUUUUUUUCUUGCCCGGCCAGGUUCUCCUCUGGACUUCCUCAGGUUAGUUCCUCGGUGGGGUUUGGGGCUGCAGUGAACCCUGCUGUGCUUCUUGCAGGCAGCACCUCUUCCACAGCUUCAGGGGUGGGAUGAGGGCCCUCUCCUGGGCAGCAGAAGCCUCAGCUCUGGGCUGCCAGGAAGGCCUCUGUUCUUAUCUAGAGGAAAGUUCAUAAGUCAAAGCACCUACUGAAGGUGGUAACUGGAAUCAUACGUAAGUAGAACCAUAUGUAAGUCGAGGUUCCAAUGUAGUUAAAUAAUGAAAUUCCCUACUGUGUACGAUAAGGCUACCAGUGGCUACUUGUCGUGAUGGCUAUGUACUACCUCCAGCUGAGUACCAGUGACGGGAGAAGGCCAUUGUCCUGCUGUGUUGCUUGUAGGCUUCCCAUAGCCAUAUUGUCUGCCACUAUGGAAAAUGGGAUACUGGACUAGGUAGGCCUCUGAUCUCAUCCAGCAGACCUGCUCUUGUGUUCUAGUGCUACCUAGUAAGCUAAUGGCUAUGGUGAGAUUUGGACUUCCUGCUGCACACUUCUAGUUGCUACACUAUAUGAACCCGUACGAUGAUACUGGCAUUUUUUCCAGAGUGUUCAGAGAGUGUCAGCAGUAAAACUGUCAUUAUAGGCUUUUGUUUGGUCACAUACAACUUGGCUGCAUUCCGAGAUAACCCUGAACCAUGAUUUAACAUUAUGAGAACAAACCUUAGGCUUUCAUGCUUCCUUCUCCCCUCUCUAGGGUGUCUAUGAGAGCGAAAGCAAAAACUUGCAUAUUGCAGUGUAAUGCACUAUCCGAAGCAUAGAGUGUGGUUACUCUUAACUAUAGCUAAUUGACACAAGUCAACUUCAAACCAUAGUUUAUGAAGCUGUCUUGUUUCACUUAACCAUAGUUAAGAUUAACCACAGCUUCUCCAGGUAUGGAUAACAUGGCAACAUAUGAACAAUUUAAACCAAAAGCAAAAGCUUCUGGACUUGUGACUGUAGUGUGUUGGGGACAGUGCGAACCCAAGGGUAGCUCAGCAACAAAAUGCUAAAUACUAUUUAGGGCAGGGCUGCUAACUUCCAGAUGUUGUUGAACUCUAGUUCUCAUCAGCUUUAGCAAGCAUAGCCAGGAGAUAUUUGAAAAUCUAAAUACCCAUUUCACUGAAGAAAAGCUGGCAAUGUUCAGAACCACCCUGCCUCCCAAACAGGUAAAAAUCUACAUGUGCUCCAGAACAAACAAAACACGUAGAAAAGCAGGCAGCUCUCUCCCAAAGCAGCCAAGCCCCAGAUGGGGAAAAAAAACCUUAUAAAUUUGAGGGAAAGGGGCCUUGGUGGGCAUCAAGCAGACAUCCAUGGGCGUCUUGGGGUCCGUGGGUACUAUGUAGGGGGUCUUAGUUGUAUGUGUUAAAAUAUUUUAUGCUGCAUUUUCUCACUGGCCUUGGGCAAAUUAUCACAACCUUGAUUCCCUAUAUGAAAGUAAGAUGACUAGGGCAAAUGCCGUGUGUAGUGCAAAUCCCUUAUUUGCCAAAGUUUUUUUAUCUGACCUUUCUGCAGCUAGUAACAGAAAUGAGAUAACAAGAAUAUAUUAAUAGCCUAGCCCAUAGCACUCUGCUGAUUUAUUAAAACAAACAAACCUGUAAGCCACCCAACAGAGCAACUAUGAUUUCAGCAGCAGUAAAUAUGCCACAUGGCAGCCAUAAAUGCUCACUGAAACUGAUGUCUUGCCCUGUACCUAAAAACAGAAAGGGUGGGUGACAAGCAAUCCUGCCAAGGCAGCCUGUUUCAAAGCUCUGGUAGGCCGUCUCCAGCAUCACCAUCUGCAGCGCUGCCAAUGGAGCAGAGCCCCAACCGUGGAGCUUAAUGUAUGGGUGAGCUCAUACAGGCAAAUGCAUCCUUCAGAUACUCUGGUCUCAAACAAUUAGGACCUAAAAGGGAGAAACCAUAACUAAUUGAAUCCCAGGUAAAUGUGCAUAAUGUGUUUGUGUAUUGGUAUCCUGUAGUAAUAAUCAACUGUUGAAUAAGAGAAGGGUGGCUCACUCUGGCCAAAAGUCUAAACUUUUGCUUUGGGGAUGACUCUCCCCCUGCCACAUCCUUCCGUCAGCUUCAUCUGCCCCCCCCCCCAUGUACAUGCACUUGAGCUGCAGGUUCCCCACCUCUGCUCGCGACAUAAAAGUUGCUAUAGUUAUCCUCUGAAUCAUAAAUUACUAUUCCCCUAGGGUUUGAACUGUAUCGCCAACAGGUGACUCCUCUGGGUAAUGAUUGUUUUUAAAAAGAAAAUUGCACUACUGUAAUGUAUUAGCGCUCUGCAGAAUGCAAAUAUUUAAAUGUUACACAGUGUCAUACAUUCAACAUUGAUGUACGCUCAUGACUAGUAAACAAUGCCGCAAUUUAGUAGAUAGCCAAGUUUAUAUAUAGCCAGCUGUAAAAAUACUCUUAAUAAAUGCAUUAAGCAAAUAAUUGCUUGUUGGCAGGUGUUAGUGCCGCUUGACAUCCAUUUUUGUUAUUUUCUUGUGCUUCUUUUUUCAUAAAUGUUGUGAAAAACAUGAUACCUGUGGUAACUUGAAAAUCUCUAGCAUAGUAAAGAUAUCCACAUAGCAAGCUAGUCAACAGUUUCCAUGGAAAUACUAUCCUAAAGUUUUAGAUCGUGAUGAAACACUGUGUUUUGCAAUUAAGGUUUUUGAUUUAAGUUGGUUAUUUGUACUUUGUGUCUGAUAGAGUAGCUUUAAGAAUACCACUACACCCAUGGGUAUCCACAGCAAACCCUAUGUAUGCCAGUAUAGAGCUUAUUGGAAGUAUGUUGGGGAAAGGGCAAGAUACAAAUUUAGGUCAUUAGUCUUAAAGUGCUCAACAAGGCAAAACUCUUGUCAAUGACUUCAGUGAUGUUCUGUGAAGAUAAGGUUUCAGUCUCAAAAUAACCAUUCUAAGAACUUAAUAGGAAGAAACAUGUUUAAGACAAUAUCAUUCUGGACAGCAUCAGUAAAACACAGCACCCUUUUUGCAAAAUAGUACGAGUGGUGAAGUGAUGCACAGGAAGUUGAGUCCUAGCAAGAGGAAAUGAUCAGUCUCUGCUGUUUUGGUUGUCUAGUGUGCCGACCACAGUGCCAUGUGACACAAUCAUGAUUUUUAAAAUUGGUUAUUGUACAAAUUAGUACCCUACUUCAUUGUAAGAAACUUUUGAAACUUGGUGUACACCAAGAUAAAACAUGAUAACAUACCAAGUGACAUAUUGAUAAUGGGGCCAUUGUUCUCUGGCAUCUUCAAACAUCCAGCUGUCACUGGAUCAGGCAGGUGCAAAUGCACAGGUCAAUAUUCUAAUUCUAUGCAAUCUGUUAAGGCACACAAACUCAUCUAUGGUAAGCUAUUGGAAGGCUUCGAAUAAGGAAAAGCUGGUUGUGCCAGUAAGCUAAAGCACACUCUACUUUGCUGCCAUCACAUGAUUGGUGAAGAUGACUUCUUAGGUUGAUAUUUUUUUAAGGUCACUUGGCUAGAAUUAUUCAAUAUUUAGCAGCCAUAUACAGUGCUAUUUUUCUAGAAAAGGAGGUGCUGGAGCUCACUAUAAACUUCUCUUAGAAUGGCAAUGGCUCCUACCUGAGAGGUGCCAGAGCUGAAAAAAAAGCCCUGGCCAUACAUAUUGCGAAGACCUGUAUACUAAACAAUUUUUCCUGAAAGUUCUUUGUUCCACAACUCUGGCAUUGCCAUUCUUUUUAAGAUGGUGAAAUAAUCUCUGUGAGACAGAACUCAGAACUUUUAUAGUGAUAAUUCAAAUGACCUUAUUGUAAUUAAGUUAAUUUUACAGUAUUAAAAAAUAUGUGAUGAUUACAUAUGUUCUGUGAAUAUUUUUCCAGGCUGCUUAAUUGAAUGUCUCUUUCAAUAGUGCAUUUGUAGGUUGUGAUAGUUCAAUGUUGUGUUCUGGUUGUAUCACUCUCUGUUAGGAUUGUAAGAAGGACUAGGAGUAUGAAGAUGGCUUUAUGCUCUCUCUCCUCCUAUUCUGUUAUUAGUUACCCAUAUUCACUCCAAGUGAUGCAGUUGAAAAGUUAAGUGUGGCAGCUGAAUCAGAGGUUGUUGUUAUAUUUAUACCCCAUCUGGCUGGGUUUCCCCAGCCACUCUGGGUGGCUUGCAGCAUAUCUAAAAACAUAAUAAAAACAUCAAACAUGUUUUUAUUAAAAUAAAAACUCUUUAAAAUACUGCUCUUUAAAAUACUGCUAGUGCAUAGAUCCUAUGGAGGAAGCCAAAACACCUUGGUUUUGUGUCACAGGAUAUUUUUGGGACAUUUGUGUAGAGCACUCCUUGCCUGCUUUGGGACUUGGGGAAGGAGAACUGUAAAAGACAACCAAGAAGUGGAAACUUUGUCUGCAGCAUGGUGGGUACAGCUGCCGCUUGUCCGGUAAUAACUCAUCUGCAUCAGGUUAUGCAAAAACAGGUGGGGUCUGUUAUGGGUCUGUUACGUCACUAGUUUUAAGCUAAGGUUGCCAAAGAAACUGCUCCCCUGAGAUCUACCAUGUUCUUUGCUGGGCAGGAGGAGCUAGGCCUCUCCCACUGCUUAACAGGGAGCAAAUCCUUCUGAGCUUGAUAAAGUGGAAUGCUGAGUAAUGCAUGUACUGUAAUCUUUAUUAUUAUUAUUAUUAUUAUUAUUAUUAUUUAUCAUGUACUGUAUCUUUUGUAAGUUGCUUUGAGAGUUUGUUUAGCCAAAAAGCAGCUACUGUAUUAAUGUAUCUUUGUCCAUGAGGCUGGUACCUCUUACCCAUAGCUGUCAAUUUUCAGAUUUGAAAAUAAGGGAUCAGCAGCCUCACCUGUCCCGGGGACCGUCUACAGGAUAUCUAACAGUCUGGGAAAGCAGCGGGAAACUGCGCUGUAAUAAGGGAAUUUCCCGCAAAAAAAGGGAAGGUUGACAGCUAUGCUCUUACCUCUUUUGACAACCCCCUCCCCAUAAUUAGCUUCUGUAUUUGAGGGGCAGGGAGUUCACUGUUUAAAUCCCUAUAUUGAUUGAGUUUGCCCAUUAUGGCAGAUCAAAUCUAGUACUGGUGUUUUUGGCAAGUGAACGGGACAGAAAUGUGUGGUACCUGUUCUUCCUUGGGGAGGAAAGGGGUAUAUAACUGGUAUUCCAACUGCCCAGAGUAGCUGGGGCAACCUAGUCAGAUGGGUGGCAUAUAAAUAAUAAAAUUAUUGUUGUUAUUAUUACUGUCACAGGAGGAAGUGGAUGGGUUGAAUAAUCUCAUUGUGUUUCCUCUCUACCCUUUCUUUUUUUGUUGUUCACUGUUUGCUUUCAAACCGUUGUCUAGGAUAUUUCCAAGGAAGUUUGAACAUGUAAGAAUUACCAGACAGAAUUACCUCUCAGACAGCACUGCUGAACACACACACUAAUCAGCAAAAAAUGAAUGGGGAUUUUUAUACACUUUGCACCAGUACUAACCAUUCUAUGAAGAGGUUUGACACAGGCCUAUUUGGACUAACUACUAUGCUCUCUGCAGAACAGCUACUGCUUAUUGGGCUCAUGCUUAGCUAAGGAUGGUAACUAAGAAAAGGUGCUUCUGGUCUGGUUGCCUGGGCUUAAGACUACACAAAAUGAAGAAUGAUCAGGAGUAAAGUUAACAUUAAAAAAAAAAAAUAUUGCUUCUAUGGGGAGAAACUUUUCUUGCAGAAAUUUCAGUUAUGCUGAGUCACUUUAUUUCUGCUCUUUGAAAAUGGCCAAAGAUUUAUUCAUACUUACAAUUCAGUUUAAAAUUUCAAAAAAAAUAUCUCAGGUGCUUAAUAAAAGCACUGUAAAAUACAACAGGUCAACUUGCCAGUGCAAGGGCCUAGCUGUCUUUCUCUCUUGGUAGCUGCGUGUUGGCUGGCUGCAAGUGGACCACGUCUGAGUGGCAGCUGGAUCCAGCAGACCAACAGAAAUAUUGUGCAGUGUGUGCUGCUCUGUUGUCUUUGGGUUUAAUAGAAGAUUGUUCUGCUAUACAGAAUCUUCUCUUCUCAAUGGAAAAGCAAUGUCACAUGGGAUGACUGUUUACAUCCACUGAAAUUUGAACAUGAAACGGAGUGGAGGAGUGAAUAGAUAGCUCCUUAAAACAUAUUCCAGUGUUUGGAGUAUGGCUGGGCUGCUGUAUUAUUAAACCACUACUCAUAACUUCCUGUUUCCAUAACUUCAAGAUCUAUGACCAGUUGGAACAGGUGGGGAAGUUAUUUAAAUAUCCUACAUACAUUCUAUCUUGCAUGAAAAUAGGAUGUUAAGUAUCAUAGACUAUCAGAAAUAUAGUCAAUACCAGGGUUCAUCAACCUUUCUGAGCCAGCUGGCACAUUUUGAAUUUUGAGAAAGUGCUGUUGGCGCCAAUUACAAAAUAGCUGCAGUGGGUAUAACACUUCUGUUUGGAAUGGAAGGAUUGGUCCAGUCCUAGCAUCCAGUGAAAUGUGGACAUGUUUGAUGGGACAUGUUCAGUGUACAAGAAGCUGAGCCAAGUGCAAACGCAAACUGAGCAGGAAGAAGAACUAACCAUUUCUUAUGUAUUAUUAUUUUCUGAGGCCUUUCGCGGGUGGGUUCAUCUAUUGCCACAGGUGCCAUGUUGGUGACUCUUAAUACUGUUACUUUAAAAUAUGUGUAAACUUGCUGGAAAACAAAAUGGUGGUGGUGCUAAACAGUUUUGUAUCUAGCAAAACACCCCUCUCUCCAAGUUACGGUACAUUUCAUUGCUCCUUUGUGGAAAGGCGUGAAAUAUAUUUGUAAGGCGGUAGUUGGAGAGAAAAGAGAAGAGAUCCAUGUUGCCAAGCAAGCCCCAGAUUGACAUUUCCCCUCAUGAUCUACUCCCUACUAGUUAGGGGGGAUUGAAUGUUGACAGAGAAGCGCACUGCAUUACAGUGGUACCUCGGGUUAAGUAUUUAAUUCGUUCCGGAGGUCCGUUCUUAACCUGAAACUGUUCUUAACCUGAAGCACCACUUUAGCUAAUGGGACCUCCUGCUGCCGCCGCGCCACUGGAGCACGAUUUCUGUUCUCAUCCUGAAGCAAAGUUCUUAACCCAAGGUACUAUUUCUGGGUUAGCGGAGUCUGUAACCUGAAGCGUAUGUAACCCGAGGUACCACUGUACUUCCAAUGUGAUAUGCUUUCAGUUGGUCAUCUCCUUUCUGUCCCAGCUAUCCACAUGGAGUUUUACAUAAUGAGAAUCAAACUAGGGUGAAAGUAUUGCACUGAGCCCUGGCAGGCAAUGAAAUAAAAUAGCUCCCUAGACAGGAUUGCUUGCCCUGUUGGCUGUGCAGUGGAAACGCAUCCCCUCUUAUUUUCCCCUCAUCCCAAUUCAGAGUAAGAGCAAUGGGAGAAGCUCACUUUCCAUCAGAAAUUCACCACAUAGCCAAAUCCGGCUAUAUGGUGGAAGGGUGUACAUAUAUAACAAAUAAUAAUGUAACUGGAAACUAUAAAUAUAUGGUGCCACCACAGCGUAUCAGGUAUGUGAAGUGGUGUAAAGAGAUCACUGUUAGGAUUUUCCUCCCAGGCCUGUUUGCACCUCUUGAAAGCCUACAUUCCAUGAUAAGCUUUCACAACUGGAUAAAUAGAUUGGGUCUCCCUGCAGUUACAGAAGCCUAGUGCAGCUGCUGGUAUAGUCUCCAUCCACUUGCCAGCUCCAAACACGGAGCUGAGGUGGCCAUGGUUUUGCAUUUUUCUGCAGUGGCAUUUGGCAGUGUCUUGGAAUUGUGAUUUUGGCACAGGAUUCUCCAACUUGACCUCCAGCCCUAGGGCUCUUCCCUAGGGCUGCCAUUUGUCUGGAUUUUUCUGGACAUUACCAGGAUUUCAAAUACAGGAGGGAUUUCGGAAAGGCGGUGCCAACAACUUUCAGUGUGCCCUGGUUUUUACUUUUUUGAAAUAUGGCAGCCCUAGUCUUCCCUGUAGCUGAACUGUGCUUUUGAGCACUGCACAACUGAGAGGACAGUGUCCCUCCCCUGCCUGGUUUCAAACUGGAAGCUUGGGACCCCUAAUCGCUCUCCCCCAAAAGCAAUUAAAAUGCUCUGUGGAAAGUGGAAUUGUGAAUUACUGAUGGUCAGCCUCUGAACCAUCUUUGGGGCAGAAGAAUAUUUUAGUGUAAAUUAUUUUGUGUAUAUUAUUCAAUUCAUGCACCCCACCUUUUCCCAGGAGCCCAGUGUGGCUAACUAUAAUAGUCCAGCAUUCAAGAAAGUAGAAGCACAGUGCAAAACUUAACAUUAAUAAUAAUGUUACCUUAUACAAAUGGUGUCACUUCAUUUUGCUCCAGAGACCUACUAGAACAAAUUAGUCUUAAGGUGCCACUGUGCAAGGGACAAUCUGAUCUCUACAGAACAGGGUGCGCCCAACUGAGGAAUUGCUGUCUCUUGUGAACAAAAUUUCACAGGCAGGGCCUUCCCUACAGAUCACAAACCAUGGCUUGGCUGGUACUGGGAAGAUGCUCUUUCAGCUACUUGUAUCCUAAGCUAUUGAGCUGGGUGUAAUAGUACAAGCACCUUGAAUUGGAUCUGACAGUUAUAUUGUCAUAUGCUGAAUUAAGUCUCUUUUUGACACUGUAUGUUUGUGUGUGUGUGUGUGUAUUUAGAAUCUAUCAUAUUAUUGUGAUUGUAAUUUGUUUUAAACUGUUUUUAAUGUUGUGUUUUAAAUUGUUGCGACCCGUCCUGAGACCAUAUGGGUAAUCCAAUCAAUCAUAAUCAUAUAUUAAGUAGAUGACCUAACCUAGUCAUCAGAUGUACUCUAAGGAUGCUAUGGGAAUAAAAUUUUGAAUCUGGUACUCCUUGCUAGAUGACCAGAACAUAUUUGAAACAGGCAAGCAUCAAGGUUAGAAUUAUUUAUUCCAAAUGUAUCCAUUUAGACUGAUGGAUGGUGGAGUCAGAUUCCUGAAAGUCAUUAAUAGGAAGCUAUACAAAAGGUAGCAGCUGGAAUUGGGUGGCUUCAGGAAUGUUUGCUCAAUAAAACUCGUACUGUUCUGCCAGAAAAGGAUGAAUAUUAAGUCAUUGAGCACAUAAUAAACUCUGCACUGCCUGUAUACACUAAGAUCUCUCAAAAAACUACUUUAUCAGAACAAAUUGCUUGUCAAUGUUGGUUUACUUAAAACACCUUUUUAAAAAAUCUGGCAUUUCUAGCACAACUAGUGUCCAUGACCUUUAGUGGCCUUAGAUUAACUAGUUGAGAAUUUGAAACACUCUGACUUAUUAAUUACCAAGGUAAUGAAAGGGAGGAGAGGAAUUACAAAUGAGAGGCCACUGAAGACUCUUUAAAAACAGCUUAUGUUAAAACAAUUAGUUAUUACACAUGUUUGCAUCUAUGCCAAUAUGAAUAGUUAAGAUCUGCAUUUGUAAAGUGCCAACCCAAAAGAGGGUUUUUGUUUUGUUUUGUCUUUAGACUGUCAGGAAUGAUCAAUUGCAGCAUUUGGGAACAAUUCCAAUUGCAGUCAGGCUGCAGUACAGCAACUCCCUGAUCUGAAAGCUGUGAUUAAUAUGUGAAGUUCCUGCAUUAGUGGAAUCCUCCUUUUAUUUUACAUUCACUUUGAGCACCCCUCCAUGCGCACAUCCCCUCUGAAGUGAAUAUGAAAACCUCUGGUCGCAGGGCAUCCUCUUGGAACUCUGGAUUGAACUACAGUCUGUUGUGUGAACUGAACAAAUUCUAUAUUUUCUUUCAUUUCUGGACUUAUUUGGAGAGCAAAAAAAAAAAACUUAUUUCCAGUUCAACACCUCAGGGGUUUGCUUCAAUCAUUCUUGAGAGUCAGCUUUGGUUUCUGUGCAUAGUUCGAGAUCAUUAUUUCUAGCAUGACCUACUAAGAGGUAUCCACUUCCUCUUUUUAGACUCUAAAGCAUUAGUAGUUAUAUCAUUAAAAGCAAGAAUCUCUGGCAUUUUUGUAAACUUAGUAAUAACAGGACUGAGCUGAGUGAUGCCACUCGACUGGAUCAUAACAGAUUUCUUAUGAAAAACAAUUUUAAGCAUUUGAAAGGUAUCUUCAUUUUGUAUAUUGCACUAUUUUACAGAACUCAUCAACGGAGACAAUUGGACAUUUUAUUCUCGCAUGAGACCAGUGCAGUUUUUUGACAGCUACUGCAAUUUUUAUAUUUCAGAUUCCAUCAUAAUAUUUAACAUACAGUACUGCCAAAGAGACUUUUACAGUCAUAACAAAAAUAGAAGGGACUAAUUGCAAAAAAUAAAAUCCUCACCAGAAGCCAUAAUCUUUUGUUUAAUAACUUUUUGUUUUGCUGCUAUUUAAUAUUUAUCAUGCAUAUAUAACAUAUUUCCAAUAUGACCUUUCUGAUAUUUCUGUGUUGGACAUUCAGUAAAUUUAAAGAUGCAUAGUUCUGACUCUCUAAAGAUCUUUCAAAAUGUUCUGCUACUAUUUUGGCGGGGGGGGGAUUUCUUGUAUGUUUUAUACGCUAAUCUUCUGUGCCAAGUUGCUUGUUCCCACAUAUUGAUUGAUGGUAACUGUUGGGUUUUCUAUUAAUUAGCAAUCAAUAUUCCAGCUGCAGCUAAUAUUUCCUACCAUCUUUAUUUUAUUUUUUUCAAUUUAUCAUUUCAGUUUCUCCAACAAUGUAACCACACAGUUUAGUUUUCAUUUGUGUGCUGUAAUUUCAUUCAUCUUUAUAACUUCAUAACUUCUGAAAUAUUCACUUCUUUGAAGUCACACCGAAUAUACUUAAAAUCUGCCUGGUCUGACACAUUGCCAGCAUAAUGCAGUAGAAAGUUUAUUUUUAAAAAUAGUAGCCUACAAGGAGUGAGAUACCAUGCAUUUAACAUUUUAUGGAAGUUUUUUUUCCUUUUGCUGCAGUAUCACAUAAAAUCUUUGGCUGCCAUUGCAUAUGAAAGACCAUUUCUAAUUGGUUAUUAGAAUUUUAAACAUUUACCCACUUGAUCCUGAAACAAACUUUUGUUUCUUGGAAUUCCAAUAAUAUAUUAAUUUUUUGAAAGCCCAAAUUCAGAAAGGUCUGUUUACUAAAUAAUAUUUCACAUUUUAUAAAUGAUCUAAAACUAGUUUGAAGGCUAAUUGCUAGUACUUGCACAAGCUGGUGGCAUCUUAAUUUUGUUACAGAGAAAAAUACAGCAAGUUUUGGUUGCCAAAUCAAGAUUUUGCCAAAAUAUGUAGCGUACAGAGACUUGACAGACCCAUAUCAAACUUUACUUGGCAGCUGAAAAACUAACAACCUUUGACACAGGAGAGCUUGCAAAUGCCCUGUGUAUGACUUCACUUUCACCACAUUCUUUGAGCCUGAAUGCUUGUGAAAUCAGAUGUGUAUUUAAAUCUUUUCACUUGGUGUGCCCAGGAGAGGAAGAACAAAGCACACAGGGUCAACUUGUAGUAAUCCCACAUUUAUCAUAACACUAUUGUAGUGGCUUAUGGGGGAUGGGUUAACUGUUCUCUAGCAGUUUGAAAAUACAAGUCAAACACACCAGCUACUGGUCUUCUGCUAAACUCUGUUCACAGCUAGUUUUAAACACUAUGUAUUGAGCUAGUUGAUAUGUUUAGCUGUUUUGAUCUAUGUUCUCACUGCACUAUAGCAACAUCAACUGGGGAAAAUUUCAGGAGGAUGAUCGCUAUGGAUGAUUCUCCAUAGGCUCAGCAGUUCAAACCUGAUGGUUCUGUGUAAAACAGAUUGGAUUCUAAGCAUAUGUAGGAAACAGUGAUAUGGUUAUUAGUUUCAUUUACAAAAAAUAAUGGUCAAUUACUCUUUUUUAAACCCUUUAAAUUAAAUAUCCUGAUUAUAUGCAAUUUUGCUUCAGGGAAUAGUUGUUGCCUAGGAAUUGUCAUACAGAAUCUGAGAUCUGACUGUAAACAGUGACAUUUAUUUUCAUGCCUACAUAAGUGUGUUUAAUGUGCUACAUUAAACAUGCCGUAGAAAACAGAACACUUUUUUUUGUGUACAGCAAAGAUGACUAAUUCAUACUAGGUCCUGCUAGAUAAGUUCUACACAGAAUGGACCAUGCAAACAAGCUCAUGGUCCCCCAUAUAUAAAGAAGUUUUGAGAACAGAAUCCUGUCUAUUUUCUUUCAUGAAUAUGCAUAGGUAUGCAGUUCUCCCUCUCAUUUUAUUUAAGCUAAUGCAUCUCACAGCAUUCAUGUACAAUUGUUCACACAAGGGAGGGGCAAGAGGAAGACUGUCAAGGUGCAUUAUAGACUGUCCAAUAAUAUCAGAUCCAGUAUACUCAAGCAAAUGUGUCCUAACAGAAUAGUAUGAAGGCUUAAAAAAAAUAUUCCUCCUUUUCUGCUAGGAUUGCUAAUGAGUACUUUUCAUGUGAACGAGGUAACACAGCUGGAAAUGACAUUAUUGGAUAGCAUCUUCCCCAAGGAUUGUGAACAGAUAAUAUUUAGUACAACAGGAACAAUUUUGCUAUUUAGCAUUUCUGUGGCACUAAUGCCCAUCCAUCAUUGGUAGCGCAAUUUUCAUACAAAUAUAGGGAGGAGUGUGCUGGCUGGCUGGCUGGCUCUGGUAACUUGUGUAUGGAACGGAGAUUCCAUUUGCUGUAUUAUUCCAAGUUGUGGCUAAUUUCCUUCCAUUUCACAUGAUGACUGCUUCCCUACAGUUGGCUAUAGCACUCAGAAUAUAGUCCUCAACCUUUUCAAACUCAGGAACCAUAUUUAACCCAAACAUGCAUCUAGGGGCACAACUCUUAAUUUUUACCAUAUAUGUGUAUGGUGGUUACUGUAACACACCUUAGACUUUGACCAACCUGCCAACUGAAGAUCAAUUAAAUUAUUCUUCAAUAGCUAAACUAUAGUGGUACCUUGGUUUAUGAACUUAAUCCGUUCCGGAAGUCCGUUCUUAAAUCAAAACCAUUCUUAAAACAAGGUGCGCUUUCCCUAAAGAGGCCUCCCACUGCCGGUGCCCUUCCACUGUUCGGCUUCUGUUCUUAGAGCGAGGUAAAGUUCUCAAACCGGGACAUACUUCCAGUUUUGUGGAGUUCAUAAACCAAAUCGUUCGUAAACAGGACUGUUCUUAAACCGAGGCACCACUGUAUUUAGAAGACAAGGUGCUUGCCAUCAUCUGUGUGACAGGUAAUAUUCUGCAGGCAGUGCAGUAUAGUUUCAACCGCAUGACAUUCCAAGGAAGAAGAUGCUCCUCUCAUGUCUUCAGCUACCUUGCACUGAUUGAUAGAUGUGUCAGAAUUGUACCAAUGAAUAAAAGUUUCCUAAUCCAGCAGUUUGGAUUGAAGGUGUUUCUGGCGAUAGUGACUUUGAAUAGGUGUUGUGAUUUGGAAACAUAAAUUUAAAAUAGAUUUUUCUCUUGGAAAAUAUGUAUUAAAACAUAAGCUGAAACUUAAAAUGUAAACAAUUAUAAACAUUGCAAGGCUAGUAUUUUUCUGGGUAAUUUGUUCCCAUGGGGAAAGGUUUGAUACCUGUCAAGACAGUUAGACAUGUUAAUUUUGGGUUUCAUUAGCUUUACAUAUGCAAACUUUGGUGAAUGCUGCCAAAUAAGGGUGUGUGUGAUUUUUUUAAUGAAAAAAAUAUGCAGUUCUUAUUCUUAAAUGAUUCCAAAAUGUCUGUGCGUUGACUGUCCAACUACUUUACAUGGAGUGAAAAACUUUCCAUGCAUAACAACAGUAUAGUAUUGCUAAUGUUCCACAGGUAGCCAAGUAGGGCGAGUGAUGUUUUCCCUAGCAAUCACACCCCCUAAAUGCAUUCCUUUGAAAGUUGCAUCAUUUCUGAUAGCAAGCUAAAUUGGGGGGAUUUGCACCAUCCAUUUUCCUUUGGACCAAAUCAGUGAGACUGAGAGGGAUCUCGUCAGGGCAGACCAUGACGUCCGUACACACUGCCCAGGCUUGAACCCCAGGGAGGUCACUUUGGUGCUGCUAAUGCAGUGGUUUGACCUCGUCCCCAGAGGCACACUACAUUGUCUCUUGAAACAAACAGAUGCUGACAACAACAUUGGGAAGCAAAGAGCUCACAUUCAAGCCUUAGCUAUUGAAUAAUGCCACAGUGCAAUUAAAUAUAGGCAGCUAAAUAUCAGUCAGUGCACAGGUACAUUCUUGGUUUAUGGUAUAUUCAAGUAGCAUUUUACAUUGCUUAAUUGACCACUUAAUCCUUAUUUCUGAGCCUGGCUAGAUUGUUGCUGUUUGCAAGAACGUAGUCUGCCGCUUCAGUCUUACGCUCAAUUUCUGCUGGAACUGGGUUGCAAGAAAACAAAUACAGGGGUUUAUUUGACUACCUGUUUCACAGUAUCGUGAGGUAAUGUCAGCGGAGGAGGACGCUGCUUGGGCGCCUGGGGCAGCGUACCCAGGGGCGGGGCGAGCCGCUCAUAGGGGUGGGGGGCACCGCAGGGCCUCCGGAGUCUGCCAGCCUCCUCCCACUCAGCCUUCCUAUAGCUGGGGGGGGGGAGGCAGCAGGCGGACCGUUUGGGCAGCGUGGAGCCUGCACCCGCCCAAGCCACCACGUCUCUCCCAGGAGAGACGCGUGGCUCAGGCGUGCUGCAGGCCCCAGGGCGAGUGCCGCCCAGCAUUUUGUCAUCCCCUCAGUGGUGACGCCUGGGGCAGUCCGCACCCACCGCACUCUCCUUUCUCCGCCCCUGGGUAAUGUGAAUACUUAAUAGCAUCCAGCUAAUUCCACCAUGCCCUGGAACUGCCUUUCUGACUUUUUGUUGUUCGGUACCUCAUAUUUCACAGUGAGUUUCUGCUGGAAGUUGCUCUACUGUUCAUUUGUUUUUUAAAAAUUGCCUUACCACCUGUGAAGGUGUUUAAUAGCAGUACAGGUCUGCCCUAGGAGUGUUAAGACAACCUAAAAUAAAUGCCUUGGAAUAGACAUUGCAAUAUAAUAUUCAACUGGUUUUAAUGCAUAGUUUGUUUCAAAUUCAUUGACAAUUGUAAUUCUUAAGGCUUGGUUUGGGGUUGGAAUGAUGUUUUAGCACCUGGGUAGCACACUUUGCUUUAUAACUGCUGAAACUGCAUAUCAUGUUGCUUUCUAGAGCUGGUAUGCAAUGUAUUAAGGAUGAUUUGGAAGGAUUUUGAGUAUCUGUUUUCAUAUCUCAAACUUUGUGCCAGUUUUGUUGUGUGUGUCUUUUAAACCAGCUUGUGGCUUAAAACAGUCAAAAGCUACUUCCUGCAUGAAUGCAUUGACUUUUCCAAUACUCCCUCUUUUGUUUCUUUUGCAAACUUGAGUAUAUUAGAUUUCUCUUUUGUCCAGGUGUCUAACAGAGGCAACCAGGCAGAUUUCAACAAAACUGUUUGUUACCUUCUCAAACAUCCCAUGGCCACUGCUUCAUCAGAAGAGUGUUGAGUGCCUUGACAUCAUUGCUCUUUGGAUAUGGCUAUAUACCCAUGUGUAUUCCACACAUUAUCCUAUUGUGCCUUACAGUGGUACCUCUGGUUACGAACUUAAUUCGUUCUGGAGGUCCGUUCUCAACUCGAAACCAUUCUUAACCUGAGUCGCGCUUUCGCUAAUGGGGACUCGCACUGCGUGCGCUCCUCUAAUGUGCGAUUUCCGUUCGCAUCCUGGGGCAAAGUUCGCAACCAGGAGACCUACUUCCGGGUUUGCGGAGCUCGUAACCCGAAGCUUUCUCAAGGAGGACGGUUCGUAACCAGAGGUAUUACUCUAUUUCUUUAAUUUUGCUCAUUUGAAUGUCAAAGGAUCUUUUUAAACAGAGUAGUAUAAAAACAUGCCUUCCCAUAGAAAUAUAUUUGAACCCAUGUUUUGUAUGUUUAAGACUAAGAGAGCUUGUUAGGUUUCUGCUUUUGUUGGCCAGUGAUGGUGGAAUGCAGACUACCUGCCUCCACCUUUUUACACUGUUUAUAUUGGUUUUAUGACUUUUACUGUGAUGAGUUAUUUACGGCCACAUUGAACCACUGGAUUGAGAGUGUUAAAAUCCCACAAGCAGUAGUACUAGUGUGCCAAGGUGUCUAAGGGUGCGUAAAUACGAACACAGCUUUAAGCCUUUUCUGGCUCCUUGGUUGCCUCCUUCUGGAGGUUGAAGAUGGUGGGCAACCAGUUUCCAGCAAGAGCUGGCUUCGGUGAUAAUUGGCUGGCCUUCGUGCAAAUCACAAAGCAACUUCUUGUUCCCCUGUCCUGUUUUUCAAAUAGGAAGAAAACAUGGUUUGUCUUUUUAAAUAAAGAAAAACACGAAUGUUUCUUCUGGUGCCUGGCAUUGUUUCUCCCACCCAUCCACCCCCUUUUCUUUUUUAAGCAGCAAACAUGCUUGGAUCAGCACUGGAUUCAAGGCCAUUUCAUGGAUGGCAUGGAAGUAGAGGUUCAGGGUUUUUUGCUGGCCUUGAUUGGCCGCCCCUCCUCUUCCUCGUGCAGUUGUUGGGCCGCUCUGGGAGCUUCAAAUGUAGAGCAAUCAAGGAACAGCAAAUUAUGGGAGGUGUUUGCUGUGUCCCUGCUUGGUAGAGUUUCUCAGGUCACUGCCACAGUGUUGUGGCUAAACAACUCCAACCCUUCCUCCAAAACAUGGAGCUGAGGGGGAGGGCAGCUAUCGCUGUGCAUUUAUUGAGAUGAUUUCACCCACCUCUGCAGCUCCAAGGUUGGGAGGAAUGCUUGGGCUAAUCAUGCUCACCAGGAGUCUUGGCAAGUGAGUGAAAACAUGGAACAUUGCCUGGAACUCACUUGACAGAUAACAGCCAGUUAGACCUUUCUAUAAAGUGACUUUUUAUGGCCUCCAGCAUUCUUCAAUGCGGUCUUACAAUUCUUAACUAAUCUGCUGCCCUCCCAUCCACCCAAUGUCCCAGAGCUGUGUUGUAUUAAAAAAGUAAAAGAAUCUCACCAGGCACCUGGAUAAGAAUUGUUAAUUUUUUUUAAUGCUCAUAAUGUAAAACUGCUCUGAGCAGGUAUUCCCCUUUGACUUGGCUACUUGCAUGUUGCUAUAUAGCAGGCACCCCCAAACUCAGCCCUCCAGAUGUUUUGGGACUACAGCUCCCAUCAUCCCUAGCUAACAGGACCAGUGGUCAGGGAUGAUGGGAAUUGUAGUCCCAAAACAGCUGGAGGGCCGAGUUUGGGGAUGCCUGCUUCAUAGCCUUCUAGUGCUCAGAAGGUAACCAUCUUAAUAGUGAUUCACAGUAGCAGUUGCUUAUAUUAACAAAUUAUGUUUGACUGGAAAUUAUUAACUUAUGGUAUCAUGCAACCACUAUACUGUUGUAUGUACCUGUACAUCAGUACUGUACCUGAUACUGUACUGUAUCAGGGUAUUAAAACUUAAUGAUUUCACUAAUAGUGUGUGCGAUAAAGGCAGCCAUUUAGUAAGGUCAUUAAGUAGUGUCUGUAUCUUGUUGCAAUCAGGUCCUUGUUCUGAAGGACUUGCUUGGCCAAAGUAAGAACAGGAUGCUGGACUAGAUACCCAUUUGUUCUGAUCCAGCAGGACUUUAUGUUUUUAUGCAUUCUCCCAGUUUUCUUUUCUGUAAAUGGGAUUUUGUGCAGUUAAAAGUGCUAUAUAAAACUAUUUAAUAAACUAAACCACAUUGGAGGUAUUUAAGCAGAGGACAGAUGGUCAUCUAGCAUGAAUGCUCUAGUUGAGAUUCCUGCACUUUAGGGGGUUGGACUAGAUACCUUGGGACUCUACAAUUCUAUGAGUCCGAUUGUAUGAUUCUAAACUGGAAUAAUGGGACUUUGUCAACCCAAGGAUAAAUGAUUUUUGUGGCUUUGCCGGGUAGAUACUUUUUAACUAUUACCAUAGGGGACCUGGCUAGGGUUACUUUUGGCUUGAAUCUAAAGAUCCACCAGUGGAAAAAUAAGCUCUUUUGCUCAUGCACAAGGAGAUCAUUUCUUCCCCACGCUAAUUUCAAUAUAUAGCAUUGCUCUUUGCCGUGUUUCCUACUGCUCCAGAAUGUCCUCUUAGACUGAGUGUUCUUUCGAGGUGAAAACAAGCUGCAGAUGAGAGAGCCACCCCCUCUUUUCAGGCAGAAAUGCUUCAAAAUGUGCAAGCAGAACGUUUGAUUCCACUUGCCUAUAUAUUUAAUACGCAUAAAUUAUUUAUGCAGAAUUUAGUUGCUCUUACUUUUGAUAGAAAUUCAUGCAGUCAGCUUAGAUACAGGCAGUUGGCUGUUACCUGGAGGAUAGUGGAAGGGGAUAGGAAGAGACUUGACCUUCUCAAACAGCUUACAGGAUCUUGGAAGGAGGAAUUGGGGUUAGGGGAGGUAUAUGUGCCAUGAAAUGCAAUUCCCCUUCAUGUAUUAUUCAGGAAUGUUUCAGGAGAAAGGAGAGGAGAAAGUAUCUCCCUUUGCCACUUCCAUUCUUGAGUGGCAACUCCCCUUGGCACUAUUUCGCACAGCAAGGCAAGACUUGGUGUGAGGGGAAGGAAACGAUACCAAAAAUACCGUAUUUUUCGCUCUAUAAGACGCACCUAGUUUUUGGAGGAGGAAAACGAGAAAAAAAAUAUUCUGAAUCUCAGAAGCCAAAACAGCAAGAGGGAUCGCUGCGCGGUGAAAGCAGCAAUCCCUCUUGCUGUUCUGGCUUCUGUAAUAGCUGCGCAGCCUGCAUUCACUCCAUAAGACGCACACACAUUUCCCCUUACUUUUUAGGAGGGAAAAGGUGAGUCUUAUAGAGCAAAAAAUACGGUAAUACCUUUUCAUUUCCUCUGAUAAGCAUGGACAGUACUACAAUGAUCCUGUUCCAAGCUGGGUGGAGACCUAACAAGAGCCCAGCAAUGGGAAUGCAGUUUGUUCUAAGCAUCUUUUAUUUUAUUAAAUUUCUCUACUGCCCUUCAAAAUUAGUUUGUGGGGCAGCUUGCAAAUGAGAGAAAAAUAUAAGUACAGUACAAAAGAUACAACCAAAAGCAUAAAAAACAGUAAAAUUACAUAAGCUUUCCAGAUAUAGAAGAGUUUGCAGCGUAAUGUGCUAGGGCAGCCUAGAAUAAACACCUUUCUGGUUCUUAACCAUAAGAGUCAAGCAUGCAUUUUUUACACUGGCCAAUGGAUAAAUUGCUAUAGCAGGAGAUUGUUGCUGCGCUUAUGGGCAUCUCAUAGGCAUCUGUGUUUCCACUGUGUGAAACAGGAUGCUGUGCUAGAUAGGCCUUUGGUGUGACCCAGCAGGGCUGCUUGUAUGUUCAUAAAUGGGAACUCAUAUGUGCAAAAGGGCCAAGGUGGAAGUUUAUGCAAGCGAGGUUCCUUAUAGCAAACAAUAUUGCAAACAGUGGAAAAUCAGGCACAAGUGUUGCAGGACUAGGGUAGGAAAAUGAUGAAGUGUACACCUGUGUGACCAAAAUAUUCUCAAAAAGCAGUAGUAGUUCACUGAUUUGAGGGAAAUUAUAAUUGCUCUGGAAAGCAAAACACCUGUCUUAAAUGAUAGCUGCUAUUUAUGUACACUGAAAAGGGCAUAUUAAAUUAGUAGCACUGUGAAUCUAGAUCUUUUUUUCAAGUGUGUCUCAAUAUGCAAAAGUGGGUGAACACAUUUUUUCUAAUCCAGGGUCAAGUUGGGAAAUGAUAGGUGAAUGCUAAUUUGGGGGUCUAAAUUGAUCCUCUGUCUUCAUAAUGAAGGUCAGCAGAUAACGUGAGCACAUGAAGAAUCUGCCAUUUGUCUCUGGUAGAUGUCUGCUAGACUUUCUGCUUCAUUUCCUGUUGAAUAGAGCUUGAAUGAGUACUUUUGAUUGCUUUAUGUGUGAACCAUGACUUGAAAGACCUUUUAAAAACUAAUUAACCUGUUAUGCUUUACUGGAGCUAACUUGUGAAUAUUGAGGGAGCCUCUCAGUGGUAGCUGCGCAGUUGAAAGCAAAUUUGAAAGUUUACUGUAAAAUACACAUGUAGCUAUUUUUCCCAAUUGAAUGUUUAAUGCUGCCUUGCAAAUAAGUCUGCAACAUUUACUAGCAUAUACAAUUUAACUAUAGGACGCGGGUGGCGCUGUGGGUAAAACCUCAGUGCCUAGGACUUGCUGAUUGCAUGGUCGGCGGUUCGAAUCCCCGCAGCGGGGUGCGCUCCCGUCGUUCGGUCCCAGCGCCUGCCAACCUAGCAGUUCGAAAGCACCCCCGGGUGCAAGUAGAUAAAUAGGGACCGCUUACUAGCGGGAAGGUAAACGGCGUUCCGUGUGCUGCCCUGGCUCGCCAGAUGCAGCUUGUCACGCUGGCCACGUGACCCGGAAGUGUCUGUGGACAGCGCUGGCUCCCGGCCUAUAGAGUGAGAUGAGCGCACAACCCUAGAGUCUGUCAAGACUGGCCCGUACGGGCAGGGGUACCUUUACCGUUUUACAAUUUAACUAGCCCACACUUAAGCAUAUUAUAUGUGGCCUUAAAAACUGCUUUACCCUCGACUGUCCACUUGUCUCAGUGGGAUUCUUACUUGCCACAGGUGACUAGUCAGCUGGCUAUUUACAAGCCUUAUAAAUGUGUAUCAUACGACUUUGGCAUGAGCUGUUUCUCACGGAAGCUGAAGUGAUGUAACAUUUUUGCUUUCCUUGCUAUUUUGAGGUAUUUAUCCAGAUAGACAGCUCAGGCCCAGCUUCUCCAAGAUGAGUGAUACUUUAAAAAAGUAAGCAUACCCUGCAAUAUUUCAUCUAAAGCUUUGAACCUAAUCCCCACAGACUCACUGUCAGGUGAGGGCUUAGACUUUUGGAGUCUGGAUUAUUCCAUUUGUGUAACAGUUGGAAAUGCAUUGGAUUGUUUUGAAUGUUGAUAUUAACAAGAGCAGGUUUUUCUGGUGUUUUUAGAGAGGGUGGAAUGGGAAGAAAACUUGGAACAGCUGAAGAAUUAAGUAGCAAUCAUUACUAUGCAAGUAACGAAGAGCUUUUUGGCGUUGAUGGAGCUAUAAAUAAAUAGAAGCAGCAUUGAGUUGUUUAGGACAACGGAACAGAUGAUGUUUAAUAAACUUUUUUCACUGUAGCAUAUGCAAAACACGUUCUGCCACGUCUCCCUGAAUUGGCAUAAAGGAAACUCACUUAGGAUACCAGGUAAAUGAAUAAAAAGUGAGAUUCAAGCUGCAGAAAUUAGUAAGUGUUCAAUAAACAGUAGAGAUUGGGCAAAAAAAAUCAGGAUUGCUGAUUUUCAGAUUUGAGGGAAUGGAUCAAAUUAAAUUCUAAUGAUAGUGCAUUUGCAACUUCUAGGACGGUGGCAGUUUGUAGGUAAAUAUAAACCUUCAUAGCAGAAUAUAUUUUGCCCUGUGUUGUAUUCACUGCAUUGCAUUUCAUAAGACCAAACUAAACGUUGGCAGUAAAGCACAUCAUUCAGGAGGACAGUUAUUAUAAUUCCUGGAGGCUUAGUUUAAAAUUUAUACUCUUCCAUCUAUUCUAUAAACUCCCAUGCAUUUUUCUUACUAACGCUCAAUAAUAACUUUUGAAACAUAUGUGUAGGGCAACAGAGAGAGUCAUCUGUACUCCAUAUGAAUUGUCUUUUUAAAUGGCUGGAAAUGUCUGUGUGUUCAUAAACUAGAACUAUGUACAAACAUGGAUGAUACUUUGGCCACUGGAGGGCUCUCAUAUUUUUUUCCCCUUUUCGAGCAUUGAAUCCUGAAUGAACAGAUUGCUGCAGCACAGCUUCUAUAUACCACAUACAGAACUUCAAAUCUAAACUUUCUGUGCAAAGAGUGGAUUGAUUUAAAUCAAGGUUCCCAUUGCUUUAAAUAAUAUUUCCUAAACUCUGCAAAUUAGUUCAUUAAACAUGUUAAUUCAGAACUAAAAAGAGUAUUAUUUAUAUUGUUUCCUUUUUACAGCAAGGUCUUGCAUUUCAAUCUUGUUGCCCUUUAUACAUCCUGCCUACUUUCCUUGUUUACCUUUAGAAAUGUCUUAAAAAUAUCCUUUCAUAUGAGCUUCUUAAUAAAGACCAAAGUUGCCAUAAUAGUUCGUGACAUUAAGUGCGGGAAUAUAGGAACCAGAGCCCUGAACAAAUUUUGUACUGUUUUCUUUCCUGUGUUGCUUCUCACAACAAUAAAGAGCAGCAAACAAAAAUGAAAUCUCUGUGACUUAUGUCAAAGUAAGGCCUGAUCGAGACUGGGCAGACUUCAGAGUAGUGUGUAAACCUUUAGCUAUUUGGCUUCUAUCUCCAUAGGAAACCUAAUGCUAAUACAAAGACCCAGGUAACUUUGUGGGUUUUGAACAAAAUUAUUUAUGUUUGUUUGUUUACCUAGUUAUUUGCAGAUUUUUAAUAGGUGAAUGUACUACCUGCAUAUCACCAGCAUCUUAACAUUCUAACAAUAAUGUUAAGAUCACUGCACACAACAGUCUUCUAGACACAUUGACAUUUUAAAAAUAUUUUUUUAACUUUUUCAUGCAAAAAGUGCUCAUUUUAAUAAGUAAACAUUUUAAUUAAUGAACACUGUAACCAUUUCUGUGCAUACUUUGAGUACUUCACCUUUUCUUAACUUAAAAGAAGCAGCUUUGAGGCAUGUAAACGUAAAACUUUUUAAGAUAUUCAACGUCCAAAUAAAAGUUUCUUGUUGCAAAGCUUACUAGGAAUUUCCGCCUCCCUUUUGCACCUUCCCUUGGUUCCCCUUAUGGCCACGUGGAUCUUUGGGAAAUGGAAGGAUGCCGUUAUUUAUGAGUUGGAUGAGCAGAAAGCAGAUCUUGGGAUAGAAAAGUUUCCACUUGAUGCGCAAGAAAUGUCAAAACGAGCAUUAUAAAGAGUAGUGAACGCAUGGCCCUGCCAGCUAUGAAGGAGUCAGGUGCUACCUUUAAGCAACUGCUGACACAUAUUACUCACCAGUAAUGCUCGUAGAAUCAUAAAAUUUGAGAAUUGGGAAGGGACCCCAGGGUCAUCUAGUCCAACCCAUUCCUCUCACCACAGCAGAUAUAACAGCCAGUGGGUUACAUGAUACAUGUAAGUCUUAUUACAGCAUCUACAUCCACCUCCCUUACUUCCUCCCUCAAGUCUCCCCCACCAGGUCCUUUGUGAGCUAUAUGCAGUCCUUGUUCCUUAGUCUUGCUACCCUUUGCACCUUUGUUAGUGCCACAUCUCUCUACAGUUGAGGGGAAGCCCAGAAUUCAGCUUGCUGUUCACUGCCUUAAAGCAUGUGGAAGAAAGGUGAGACAGGACAUGUUAGAACUAAUUUCUAUGUAUAUGUCUAAAGUUCUCUUAGGGGAGGAAAUAAAAAGUUUUUGUUGUGGGAUAGGAAUGUACCAGGUACAUUUUGGGACAGGGAUGUCUCUUGAAGCUGUGAAAGUAGGAUUAUUUUAUUUUAUGUAUUGCAUCAAAUUUAUAUAGCACUCAAAGCUAUCCUCAAAGUCCUGCUGGAUAGGUACUGAACACUGUUCAGUUGCCCACCAACUCAUUGUAGGACUGAUGUUCAACUUUGAAAGGAUCUCUUUCUCACACUAUGUAGUGUGAUCGUCUGGGUCCAGCAGGAAAUGCUGGUGUUUUUCUUGAGUCACCUCCUCAGCUUAGUCUUCCUCUUGGUUAGAAGAAAUGAACCUUGAGACUGCUAUUGCCUUGAUGGUGGCAUUUGAAAUGCACAUGCACUGUUUUCUGUUACUGCUUCUUGCACCUCGGUGGUGAUGGAUUUUGGAAUCUUGUGAUACCUAUGUGCAGUUAUUCCAAGCUGCUUCUCUCCACUUGGCACCACAGAAGAAAAGCCAGAAUGUGCACUGGACUCUUGCUGGGCAUGUGGGCAAUAGUGAGUUGAUUGAAAGUUUGCUGAGUGUUUCCUCCCUCCAAGGGUUAUAGUUCUGUACGGUAAGGAGUUUGAACUUCUUAGCCUUUUCAGUUUUACCUAUAUGCACAUUCACUUUUUAUCUUCUUCAGCAUCUACUGUUUUAUCCCUGUAGUUUUUCAAAAAGAUUUCACAUAUAAGUGACUUGCAAUUUAAUAAGGUAGAUUUGUGUAUCAUUACAUAUGCUUUCCUAUAUAUCUCAGAUUAGAUGUUAGUAGGUAGUACUGUAUUGUGGUCAACCUAAAUUUCCCUCUGUAGGGCAGCAGCCGUGAGGUGGUCUGCCUUUUGAGGGGGGUUGUCGUGGAGGAGUGGGAAUUCCUUAGAAAAAAGCACCAAUGAAGGGUGUUUAACCAUGAGGUCAGUAUUUUUAUGCUGCUGUUGCUGCAUAGCUCUAUAGUUUGCAUGCAUCUGGAAUGGGCAAACAAACCAUGAUUAAUAAGACAUACUAUGUUUCCAAAUAAUGACAAACCAUCAUUAGAUGUGUCUGCUAGAAACAGACAAAUCAUAGUUAAGCUGUUGGACUGCUUCAUACAAUCAAACAAGCCAUGAUUAAGCAAAACAAACCGAAGUUUAGCACCCUCUGUUAACCAGAGUCACUCACUGUCCAAAGUUAGGACUACCAUCUUCAUAAGUUAUUCCAGUCAGUUAGAUCUGGCUAUGUACUGAUGUAGCUGAAAGUAAAUAAAUUUCAUUUACAGUAAGGCAAUGCUUCUUGAGUUGGUCCUUGGGAAUAAGAUGACAUCAUCGAGGGCAAACAAAGCUUCUAAGUAGGCAGAUAUUCUUGUUCCAUUUUGCAGAGGUGUGCUAAAAAUUGCUAAAGGGGAUGCCUUUUUAAGCAGUUAAUACUUCUUCUCUUCCCUUAGUUCAUCAAAAAUUCUAUAAAUCUACAUAAAUUUAUUUAUCUUAUCCUAUCCUAUGCCAUAGGGUUAGAGCAGCUAGCAGUGAUUUUUGUAAACAUUAAUAGUCCUUUCUGUUACCUUAAGGCUGACAAUCUCAGAAUUUGCCUAAUCAGAAUACACAAAAUUGCUGUUAAAUAAAGCAGGAAAAUUUAAGAGUAUUAUUUUGGUCUACUAUAGCGUGGAAUAUAACGAAGUGACACAAAAAUGUGAGACUUUAAACAGAUGUGAUGAUUCAACAUAUCAAAGUGUUGGCUGCGCAUUGGAUUAACCUAAGGCUUUUAUUAAUUGAAUUGGUACAAAUAGGUUGCUCCUCUAACAUGAGCCACGUCUAAUUUUUCCUUUGCAAUGUAAAACUAUUCCCAAAUAGAAUUGUCUGGAUUCUAAUUGUACCAUCUCUGAAAUAUUUGAGCAGAUUAGUACAGAGCAGAAAGAGAACGUUUUCCUAAUUGGUCUUAAGGGACCAGUUGAUUAAAAUGUACAACUACUUUGUAGCUCAACUAUUUUUAGAACUUGGAUGCCUUUAUCUGAUGUCCUUUUUGUAGACAUGCCAAGAGGUUAAUUGUGAACACUCGUGAAACAGUUUAAUGAAAUUCAAGCUAAGGAUGCUUAACUGGCUGAAAAAUGUUGUUGAGCCAUAGUUGAGUGCCGGAUACUUCUUAGCUGUAUCUCAGUUCUCCUGCCUUCAAAUUUUGGCACGGACCUUGGUGGAUUGCUCAGGGCAAGUUACGUACACUCUGACUCCGCAUAGGGAUAUUCCAGUUACCUGGACAACAGUGAUGUGGCCAACAGUUGUAGCUUGGCUUUAGUACCUGCUUCACAUGCACAAAGUCUGAGAUACGAUCUGUGGCACUUCCAGUUUAAAAGACGCCUUAUAGAAAGGUUGGAAAGAAUCGCCUGAAGUAGGCAAUACCAGGCUAGAUGAAUUAAACAGUCUGAGCAGCAUAAUAAUGCUCAGAUACGUUUGCUGGCCCCUGUUCAUGGACUGCCAUUGUUUAUGUCAAUAUGAAACAAUGCACAUCUUCCCAAUUUCUCUUCAGCCAUGCUUUGACCAGAUAAAGUUCUUUUCACAGUGCAAUGGAAAGCAAUAACAGUAGGUGAAGCAGUAUAUCCUUCAGAAUGGUAAUGGAGUAUCUCCUCUCUCUCAUAAUUUUGGCAGGACGUGGUAGUAUAGAGAAGUCUGAAAUAUGAAGACAGGAUGAGAUUCUUCAGUUCUUCAUAGAAUUGUAGAGCUGGAAGGGUCAUCUAGUCUUUCUCACUCUGAUCCCAGCCUGCUUCUUUCAUAACUUCUGAGAAGGUUUAUAAUCCCUAAGCACCCUUGCUUUCGGGGUUUUACAUACCCAAACUUUUAAAAAUGGAUCACUUGAAAGUUUCCGGGGUCUUGACGGACUUGUUAAUAAAAAAAGUUUCGAUUUGCACAUCAAAGCACACAACUCGUAUUUCUGAAGUGGUGGGUGUGCCUGUUUUUGUGGCCAAGCUCUGUUAAGUAGAGUGUAACAUUUGUCAGCUUUAGCAGAUCCACAGCCUUUCUGCAGACCACCGAAAGGAACUCGCAGGCCACAGUUUUAUGAACCUGUGAUGUCUCUUGGAGCAAUGUGAACCUAAAGACAUGAUUGCCACCCUUAUCAGCUAGGCCCCGUAGCAGUCUUCCUCAACCUGGUGGAGACUGUGUGUUCAGCAUGGUAGGCUCAGUUUGGUGGAACUCUUUCAGGAUGACAUCAGACAGGCCCCGUUGCUGUUGAACUUCUGUUUCAGCAGGCAUUUUAAGUAAGUUUUCUGAUUGAUUUUAACUGAUUUUAUCUUAGAAACUACAGGUUAAGUGGUAUAUAAAUUGCUGAAAGGAAGACAUUGCAAAACAUAAUUCGCUGCAGAUGCUCAUCCACUCUCAUUGGCCUCCCUUUUCCAGCUUUGUCUCUGUUCCACACAGGCUCUCAUGUGCAAAAAUAUCAUCCUCUGUGAAAACGGGAGUAUGUGAGUCUCUCUGAUACCAUCUCUAUUUCCUCUAAUCCUCUUCCCCUCACCCCCCCCCAAAAAAAACUGGUGUGCUUCCUUAGGUGAAGAGUAACACCAGAAUUUUAGCAAUCUCCCUUUGCAGUGAUUUUGUAGCUGUUUAACAUUUUCUUUACUUUCAUAUAGACCAGUGCGAUCAAGGGCAGAGAAAUAGGUUUUGCACCUCUUCUGUCAGAUUUCCUGUUGCCGGGGGGGGGGGGCGGUAUCUCCCAAAUCCUGUUAAUUUUCAAUAAAAUAGCUACCGGUGUUGGCAAGGCUGGUGAAAAUGAAGGUAGCAAGCAUUCCAGGCAAGAAAUGGGUGGAAUGGCAGCAGUGUGAUCUUGGCAAGGUUGAUGCUUGUCAGUCCCAUUUAAAGUGAUAUGUCUCUGGACAGGGCCUUGAAAGCUUUUGAACAAGCAGGUGUGCACCUAACACUUUCCCUGGGACAACCUGGAAUAGCUAUUCCAAGAUGCUUGCAUAGGCAGUCUGCUUCUGUUCCACCUGAAAUUGCGUCCCCAAAGGCCACUUAAUGAAUUUGUUCAUCUUUGAAAUGCUGCAGGCUAGUUUUCAGAAAGAAAAUGGAACAUACACAGGGAUCUAUAAUGUACUUUUUAAUGUCUGGUGUUUUGUCAUGUUCUUUUAUAUUCUGUUGGAAGCCGCUAAGAGUGGCUGGGGCAACCCAGUCAGAUGGGCAGGAUACAAGAAAUUUAUUAUUAUUAUUAUUAUUAUUAUUAUUAUACUAGGAAUAGGCCCUUAAGUAAGCACCUGCAGGGCUGAAAGCAAGUCGCUUGUUGGCAGGGCUCAAAGCAAGUCACACAUUCUGGGUACUAUUGGUAUUCUCCUCUCUGUUGCACCCAAAAGUACUAUUUAUUCUUUUAGAUUGUAUCUUCAAAGCUUUUUCAAGUCAUAAUCUCAAACUUCUAAAGAGGCCCAUGAAAACAAUUUAUUAUCUGAUAGAACCUGCUGACAUCCAAACCUCAGUUAUCAGAAUUAACAAACAAACAAAAUAUUCCAAUACCCAGUUGCACUUCUUUUAAUUUAAACCCUCAGACUGGUUUUUUGGAACAAUAAUAGGUUUGCUUCGUGUUUGAUCCCAUUCUGGGAUGAACAGUCCCACAACAAUUACGAACUAUUCUUGCCACAAUGCAAGCAUCAGCAGGACAUGUCUGGUCAUGUGCAGAUCAGUUAUGCAUCUGACAGAUAACUAACCCAGACUUGCCGUGCCUUAGUGCAGCGACUGUUUCAGAUAGUGAAGCUAUCCUAAUUGAGAGGGGUGGGAUGAGAGUUGAAACUGCUCUUCUAAGUAGAUUUGGUUCUCAUUUCAAGUAAAAAUAUUGUGUAUUAAAAUAUUGUAAGCCACCUUGUGGUGGAUAGCUUCAAAAAGCGGAGUAUAAAACUUUUAAAUUAAUUAAACUUUAAGAUAAACUAUUUGUCCUUCUGACACUACACUUUGGAGCAAUAUUUAAUUGAUGCAGGAAGAUUUUUUUAAAUGCUUGUAAUAAAUGUGAUUAAGGUUUUACCUACUAAUUUUCACAAUCUGUAUUCAUUCUGGUCCACCCUAGAUGUUUGUGAUAUGCUCAUAUAGUAUAUUUUAAUGCAUACUGAUACAGAAUCUCUGCAGGUGUAUCUUACUGUGUGUGGUUGUGUUCAAAACUGUGUGCCUGAAUAGGCAUAUUUCCUACUAAACCAUGACAAAUACGAAAGAGACAGAUCUGUCAUAAGGGAAUCUGCUCCUGUAACUUAGAUAGGCUUCUUCCCGUAGGCUAGCCCAAACAUCCGUCCCCCCUAGUGUACCAUGUCUGGAUAAUAACAAAAAAAAAAACCCCCCACCAGGGUAUGGUUCUGACUGCACCUGCAAUUUCUACUCUCUUAAAUCCAGUAUUUAAACAACUAUAAUGCAUGCAUGUGUGCACAUCCUUAUUUCUCAUCCCCAGAUCUCAGUGGUAUGAUUUAUAGGGAUAGGUGUAUGGGGAUAUGGAGGUAUUUACUUCCCUGUCCCCGCAAACUGAGGCCCCAUCUGGCCUGCCCUGCUGCCCGUCUGAUUGGCAAUAGGAACAGCUGAGGAGUGCACUGACCAGCUUGCUCCUCAGUGAUUUUUGGCUUUAUUGAAUUGGGCAGCAGGGAGGAAGAGGCUGGGAUGCAGGGAAAGUAGUUCAGGGCUGCAUGUCACCAGUUGUCCAUGUCGACCCAAAGCACAAGCUAAAACCAAUAAGACAUCCCUAUAAAAACACAUAAAACCAAAUAGUACAUAAAUUCAAAGGAUUCAAACACAUAAAACAGGGUCCAGUCUUAUGGGUCAUGGAAGGCCUGAGCCAGAAACAGAAGUCUUUACAGGACAUCUGAAACAUCUGCUAGUUGCUGCUUCACAUAUUACUGUGUCCCAUGGCAUCCCAUACGACAUCCCAUUGCUUAGACCAGGGCUUGUCAACCUGGUCCCUACCGCCCACUAGUGGGCGUUUCAGGAUUCUAGGUGGGCGGUAGGGGGUUCUACGGCACAAGCUGAAUCCUCCUUCCAUCAAGCACUGGUGGGCGGUAGGGAAAUUUUACCAUCAAGAAAGAUGCAUUAGUGGGUUGUAGCUAUAAAAAGGUUGACUACCCCUGGCUUAGACUGUACAGUGGUACCUUGGGUUACAGGCGCUUCAGGUUACACACUCCGCUAACCCAGAAAUAGUACCUUGGGUUAAGAACUUUGCUUCAGGAUGAGAACAGAAAUCGCGCGGCAGUCAGAGGCCCCAUUAGCUAAAGUGGUGCUUCAGGUUAAGAACAGUUUCAGAUUAAGAAUGGACCUCCGGAACGAAUUAAGUUCUUAACCCAAGGUACCACUGUAGUCAGUAACACAAAUCAGAUGUGUUCUGUGCUCUACUUGCAAAACUGGUUGUUGAUGUUGACAGAGAUAUAUUGGGAUGGAAUAAAAACCUGAGCAAGGAUUUCUUGUUAAAAGGGGAGUGGGUGGGUGCAUUUGGGGGAGGGGAAUCACAAGUUAUCCUUGCAGCCAUUACACUUGGAAGAUGCACGAACUGGAUAGAAGUGCUGCUCCAGCUUUUCCCCUCCUCCUCCUACCUCCAUUAUGGUCUGUAGUGAGGCUGUCCCUGACAUUAACUGAGGACAGUAAGCCUGGGCCUUACAUUUAUUGAUAGAAUUGUAGAAUUGGAAGGGACCCUGAGGGCCAUUUAGUCCAACCCCCAGAAAUGCAGAAAUCUCAACUAAAGCAUCCAUGGCAGAUGGCCAUCCAACCUCUGCUUAAAAACCUCCAAGGAAGGAGAGUCCACCACCUUCCAAGGGAGUCCGUUCCACUGUUGAAAGUUCUUACUGAUGUUUAUUCGGAAUCUCCUUUCUUGUAACUUGAAUCCAUUGGUAUGGGUCCUACCCUCCAGAGCAGGAGAAAACGAGUUGGUUCCACUACUAGUAAAUGGCUCGUGGAGUGCAGAUGGCUUCCUCUUUAGCUUUCAUAGUGCAUUUUUAGGAUUUAUUUUUAGACUUUUGGAUCUGUAGUAACAUCCCAGCCUGUUUUAAGCUUUAUGAAUGGUGUGUCUAAUCCCCUCCUCUAGGUUUGGAUUCUUGCUGAUGGUUCGGUUACUUAUACAGUAUAGUGUUGUUGGAAAAGCAUUCUUGCUUCUAAUUUACAAAGUAUUUUUAAAGUCCUGGGGGCAGGGCAUGUUGACAGGCCACUGUUUUGAUACUAGCUGUCCCUGCUCUCUUAACUGGGCCUGCUUAGUGUGCCCCUGCACACACCCAUUGCUCCAGCCCACAUUUCUGGCCUGCUUACUGUUUCUGCCCAGCAAGUGAUGCUUGUUGCAAAAAUUAGGUAUGCAUACCAAAAGGUACAAAACAUAUAUAUAUAUCCCACUGCUGUUAUGCUAUCCUUUAUUCCUAUUCCACCACUGGGGUUUCAGGAUUAGACAUAAUAGAUAGGAAACAGACUAUUAAGGUUGAUAGUUUGAAUCUACAAAGCAAGCACUUGCUUAGCUUGGCUUAGCCAUUUUCUGCUUGUAGAAGUUGUCAUAGUUCCUCUCUAAUACUGCUGGGUGAUUUUAAUCCUCACUACUUUUGCACAGCAGGAAGUAGCUUCUAAAAAUAUUUUUAAGAUUUCCAUAUGCUCUCAGUGAUCAUAGAAAUAUCUAUACUGCCCCCAACCGUUCUUUCAACUUGAAAACAUUUGUCUAACUGUCGUGUUUUGAAAAGAUUUUGGCCGAAUGUGUACUCUCUCACUUUCCUUGUAAAUGAAUUUGUUGUGCAAGGCACAACUUCUGGGUAGUAUUUUAAAGAAAUGUUUCUAUUUUGUCAAGGGUCUCAACUGGUUGUUGACUAUACCAGCUCAAUAUAUUUAUUCCAAAUAGCUCUUAGCAGGGUUUUCUGUUUACAAAGCAAAGGUCUGGAAGUGGUUCUAGAGGUGUAUAUCUUGCAGUGUCUCAAACCAUAAUCCUAUCCACAUUUAAUGGGGAACAAGUUCCAUUGAACUUGGAAAGUUGUUUGUGACUAAUAACAGGAUCAAGCUAUAGGUUCUGAAUCUGUACUUUAAUAGAAACAGCUUGUUACAUGUACUAUGAAGUCAGUUCCAGAAAUUGGCCAUUUGAGUUUAUAUUCAGGGUAAAAUCAGGUUAACAACAUUUUUUAAUAAACAGCUAAAAAUGCUUGUAACAUUUUCAAGGAAGAAACUAAAGUAAACAUGAAAAUACUGGGAUGUAUCAGAGGAAAAAACUUGAGUAACUGUUCUUCUCCUUUUCAGUUCCUUUUAUAUAGGAAAGGUACCACCAAGGCCAAGAGGAUGCCAGCAUGGUUAAUGAGCAGAGUCAAAGAAGCUAUUAGACGCAAGAAGACUUCCUUUAGAAAAUGGAAGUCUUGUCCAAAUGAGGAGAACAAAAAGGACCUAAACUCUGGCAAAAAAAAAAGUGCAGGCAGAGUAAGGGGUGCUAAAGAAGAAAUUGAGGAGCAUAUUGCUAAAAAUAUAAAGGCCAACAAAAUAUUUAAACCCAUUAGUAGUACAUGACUGGCUAGGUAGGCAAUUUGGGUGACAAGGCAUCCGAAGGUGUGCUAAAGGAGGAGAAGGAGAUUGCAAAGAAGCUGAAUGAACAUUUUGCACCUGUCUUCAUAGCAGAAGAUAUCGGGCAGAUCCCUGUGCUUGAACUAACUUUCAGGAAGGGAGUCUGAGAAAUUGGGGCAAAUAGCGAUGACAAGAGUUAACUAGGCAAAAUCAAAACUGACAAAUUGCCACAGCCAGAUAGCAUCCACCCAAAAGUUCUCGAAGAACUCAAAUGUGGAAUUGCUGAUCACCUAAGAAAAAGAUGUAACUUGUCCCUAAGAUCAGCCUUCAUACAAGAGGGCUGAAAAAUGGCCAAUUUUUAAAAAGCGAUCAAGAGUUAGCUUAUCAGCUUAUCACCUGUCCCAAGAAAUGUCCCAAGUUUGCUGAUGACAGUAAAGUGUUAACGGUCGCUAACAAAAAAAAGAUUGUGAAGAGCUCCAAAAGGACCUCUCCAAACUGAGUGAAUGGGUAGUAAAACAGCAAAUGCCCUUCAUUGUAAACAAGUAUGAAGUAAUGCAUGUAGAGGCAAAAAAAUAAUUUUAGUUACACAGACAUGGGGUCUGAACUGGCAGCAAAUGACCAGAAAUGAGACCUUGGGGUCAUAAUGAAUAGUCCAGUAAAUAUGCUGACCCAGUGUAUAGCUGCUGUGAAAAAGGCAAAUUCUAAUUAUAUCUUGAUUUUAUUGUAUUAUAUUUUUGUAAAUCACUAUGGGAGUUUGUUGUUGUUUUAACAAUCAAGCAGUUUAUAAAUUUUGUGAAAUAAAUAAAUUGCUAUUUCCUGUUAUUCACAUUGUUUGAUGAUGAUUUGACUAUUCUGUUGUACAGUAUUUGUGAAACUUUAACUCAUGUCAUUUAAUAACAACAUUUGGUUCUGUCUUCAGACUGAACACUUUAAAAAGGUUCAGUUUUGACACAUUUUAGAACUUGAAUUGCUUUAUGUUCUGGAAUAUUUACUGCCUUUGUUUCAUUUCAGAAUGACCUUAUUUAAAAAUGUAUGAGGCUAUUUAUAAUUGACUCCAUGGCAGUGAUUAAAGAGGUGUGAAUAAUAGGUUAUUGGACGUUGACAGCUCCUUGUUUGCUAGACUGCUGUUAGAACAUUUAUGCUGCUCAAUCUUACCUCAUUUAUUCUAAGCUGAUAUCUGCAUUUUGACAUGUGCAUAGUAAGUUUAUGUAUUCUUGGGAGGGGGUGAGUUUUGGGUUAGUGAAUUACUAAUAUAUCUUUUUAAAUUAACAUGGGCAUUUCAGUGUCGGUUUACAUUUAUGUGUCUAAUGAUGCUGUGUUGUACAUAUUUAUUAUAAUUAUGCCCUUAUCAGCUAUUUAGUUAGUUGAGUGUAAAUUUGAAGUUGCCCUCCAAUUGUACUUGAUCAGGAUCUCUGUAAUGGUUCUAGGGGUUGCUCGUGCGUAAACCGGUGCAAACACCUGGCUGGGUUGCCUGAGUGAACCUUUUCUGUCCGGACAGCCACUCACUCAUGGCUGUCUCAAUCGCUGGCAGAAUCCGUCAAUGGGCGUUUCUUAAACUUAUUCCAGCAAAGAAGUUCUUUGACGCCUAGUCUCCUCCUACUUGCCUUCUGCGCAAGGAGGGCGUAGGCAGCGGAGGACCCCUACUCUCCCCGCUGGUCCCCAGCAAGGAGUCAUGGGACCGCCUCGCCGCUUCCCCCAUCUGCCCCCCUUCUCCACUGGUGCUACGCUGAUUCUCUUCCCCAGAAGAUGGGCUGCCUCUCCCAAUCCCAGGACGCUCUCUGGAAUCCCUCUGGAUUUUGCUCUCUCCCUCCGGCACUGAUGGCAGUUCCCUGACAAUCUCUAAAUGUGUAGUCGGUAUUUUGGUAUCUAAAUAGUUUUAUAUGAAUCUGUUUCUUUGGUUCUCUUUAACUCUGAUCAAAAUGAAAAUCUUUAUCCAGUUUCCAAAACAAUGAAGAGGGAGGUUUUUUUAGAACAAACAAACAAAGCGUAAAAUGCAAUUUUCAUUGCAGAUCUAGUCAUGAAGGGAGGAAGCUUUGAAAGAAAUAUGAGAAUUCUAGGCAAUACUUCUCUUGUGCUAGAAUCUCAAAAGUGAAAGAACUCUUAAACUGGAUUUUCCCCCCAUCAGUGGUGUCUUUAAAGAAGACAUGUUGAACACUGCAUUUCUGCUCAAUUGCUCAUUAUUUGUUUAUUUAAAUGCAUUUUUAAGGGGUGGGGUCCCUUAAUAUGUGGUCUUUUAAAAUGGAUUAUUAGAUAGGCAGCUAGACUCAUUCAACCCCCCUCAGAAGUCCAUAAUGCAAUCUGAGGGAAAUGCAUGGUUUAGUGCUGGCAUAUAAUAGUAUGUGAAACUAUACCUUUUGUGGAAAGACAGACAAGCAUGAGACAAGAAGUCAUAAACGCCCUGGUUUGUUUUUGUUUUUUGUACACCACCGCAACAUUUUUGAAUAAUGGGUGGUUUAUUUUUUUAAAAAAGUUUCUAGCCAUAAGUCUUGAAAUUAGUUCAUCUUCCUUUUCUCAUCUUCCAAUUGUAAGUGUAAAUUUUUAUGCUAGUGUCUGAACAGCUAUUAAUAUUCACACCACAAUACCCAGCCAGAUGCAUUAUUCCCUUUUUUUUUAAGGAAUGAAAUGUCAUAAAAAAGGAUGAAACAGCAACUCAUAAAAUUCUGAUGGAAACUGGCAGGUUGCAACUCACCUAUAAAAUCUGAAAGGUGUGUGAGAAAGAAGAGAACAUUAUACCCCCAAUGUGUAACAUACAAUAAAAUAUCUGUGUGGCAUUACUGUUUGUGCCAUGUGAAGGUCCUGGGAAGCGAGGAUUAUUUUCUUUACAAAUUUAUAAUCCACAGUGACAUAAAAAUAUAGCAAGGCAGAGUACAACAUGCAAUGUAACAUCAGCAAAACAUAAAUAAAUACAGAUUGGUUUUAUAUACAGUGGUGCCUCGCAAGACGGAAAACUCACUAGACGAAAGGGUUUUCCGUUUUUUGAGCUGCUUCGCAAGACGAAUUUCCCUAUGGGCUUGCUUCGCAAGACGAAAACGUCUUGCAAGUUUGUUUCCUUUUUCUUAACACCGUUAAUACAGUUGCGACUUGACUUUGAGGAGCAACUCAUAGAACGCAGUGUACAUAGUAGCCUUUUUUGAGGUUUUUAAAGACUUUGGUGAUUUUUGAAGCUUUUCCAAAACUUCUUUGCAGCCAUUUGGUAAGUUAAGCUUUUAAAACAGUUUUUGGGGGUGGUGGAUUGUGGGGUUGGGAGUUUGGAAUUCAAGGACUUGGUGUUGGGGGGUGGGGUGAUGCAAGAAUCUGGAAGCUUGUGGGUUUUUUUCCUGCAUUUUUAUGAUUUUCUGUGACCAUUGGGGCACUCUGCUGUUUUUUAAAAAAAAAUUCUGGAUUUGAAUUUCUGUGUGCUGGGUGGCUGGGGGAACAGUUAGGGAGGGGUUUGCAAGAAUCUGGAAGCUUGUGUUUUUUUUCUGCAUUUUUAUGAUUUUCUGUGACCAUUGGGCCACUCUGCUGUUUUUUAAAAAAAAAUCUGGAUUUGAAUUUCUGUGUGCUGGGUGGCUGGGGGAACAGUUGGGGAGGGGUUUGCAAGAAUCUGGAAGCUUGUGUUUUUUUUCUGCAUUUUUAUGAUUUUCUGUGACCAUUGGGCCACUCUGCUGUUUUUUAAAAAAAAAUCUGGAUUUGAAUUUCUGUGUGCUGGGUGGCUGGGGGAACAGUUUGGGAGGGGUUUGCAAGAAUCUGGAAGCUUGUGUGUUUUUUUUCUGCAUUUUUAUGAUUUUCUGUGACCAUUGGGCCACUCUGCUGUUUUUUUAAAAAAAAUCUGGAUUUGAAUUUCUGUGUGCUGGGUGGCUGGGGGAACAGUUGGGGAGGGGUUUGCAAGAAUCUGGAAGCUUGUGUGUUUUUUUUCUGCAUUUUUAUGAUUUUCUGUGACCAUUGGGCAACUCUGCUGUUUUUUAAAAAAAAAUCUGGAUUUGAAUUUCUGUGUGCUGGGUGGCUGGGGGAACAGUUGGGGAGGGGUUUGCAAGAAUCUGGAAGCUUGUUCUUUUUUCUGCAUUUUUAUGAUUUUCUGUGACCAUUGGGCAACUCUGCUGUUGUUUUUUUUUAAAUUCUGGGUUUGAAUUUUGAAAUGCUCUUUACAGUAUGUGUGACUUUAAAGAGCACUUAAUAAACUCUUGUUGCACCAAAUUUGGCUUUGUUUGGACUUUUUUUGACCAUAGGAACGCAUUCAUUGAUUUUCAAUGCAUUCCUAUGGGAUUUCGUGCUUCGCAAGACGAAAAAUUCGCUAGACGAAAAAAUUCGCAGAACGAAUUAAUUUCAUCUUGCGAGGCACCACUGUAUAACCAGUGUUCUUAGCUGUUUCGUACAUGUGUUCUUUGACUACACCCAUAGGAGCCAACUUUGUCCACCCCUAAUAAAAUAUUUGAGGGCAUUCUCCCCCAAGUUGAUGUGCAUUGCCAUUCAAAUAGUGUGUGUGCUGCAGGGCGAGGCUUACCUGCCCCCCCCAGUGUUUUAUUAAAGUUGGCACCCCUGACUAUACCUGAACAUUGUAAAUUCAUACUUGGUGUGUCUGUACCAGAUGUGGGAGUUUCAGGCACAGAGGUUGAAUGUGGCCCUCCAUGAUCUGGCCCUUAAGACUUUCCCAGGCCCUACCCCUCACGAGUCCUACUUUUAGCCCUCCAGUGUUUUUGGCUGGCUGGAAUGUGUCUUUGAACUCUAAUAAUCCCUGUUGCUUGCCUAGAUGGGGGAGAGAAAGAGGUGUGUGUAUAAACUAGCCCAUUGCAAAAAAAGGCCUGCCCACAUUUCCCUCUGGUCCCGCCCACUAAGGCAUGUGGCCCUUUACCCUGUACAGGGACGAAAUUAAUCCGUUCCGCGAGUCUCUUCGUCUUGCGGUUUUUUCGUCUUGCGAAGCACGGCUAUUAGCGGCUUCGCAGCUAUUAACGGCUUAGCGGCUAUUAACGGCUUAGCGGCUUUAAGAAAAAGGAAACAAACUCGCAAGAACUCGCAAGACGUUUUGUCUUGCGAAGCAAGCCCAUAGGGAAAUUCAUCUUUCGGAACGACUCAAAAAACGGAAAACUCUUUCGUCUAGCGAGUUUUUCGUCUUGCGAGGCAUUCGUCUUGCGGGGCACCACUGUACUAUACUAUCAAGAUAAUAAAGUGGUAAAAAUGUACCUGCAGUGUUUUGUUAUCUUAGGACUGAAUAAUUUGUGUUGCAUCUGUGCAUUAACAAAUGUCCUUUUUUUGUAAGCCACCUUGAUAUAUUAUGAAAGUAUGGAUCAUAAUUAUUCAAACAGAUUUAAAAAAAGAGAAUAUUUCAGAUAUUGCUCCAUUUCAGUUACUGCACUGUUAAGAAAGAAGUACCAUUCAGAAAGUGUUUCUCAGUAUAUUUUGUACACAUCUGACAACAAAACACCUAGCAAAUUCUCAAACAAGGUGUGCUUUGCCUUCUCCAGCUUUGCAUGUAGAAUGAUCGAUAUUUCAAGUGAAUAUGUGCCAUUAUUUUCGUUCUUUCCCCCUUGCUUUAUGUUUAAAAGUGCUGUGUUAACAUUCACACAUUUGUCCAUCAAUGUGGUGUAUUUGUAAAACUGGUUUGGGAGUACAGUUAAAAAACAACAACAGGGAAACCAGCCAGAUACUGCCAUGCUCAUUCAACUCCUGCUUGAAGACCCCCACACACCGAGCUAAAUCCUGGAUAUUAAUAAAUACUGUUGAACAUGUUGAGAAUAUUUCCAGUGCAGCUCUAGUGUUUGGAAAAUGUUGUGUAUGUCUUCUGCCCGGACCUCUGCAUUCACUCCUUGGGUGCUGGACUGCUGUGGCCCUAAAGCUAUCUAUAUGGUCUUCAUAAUAAGGAGGUGUAAAGUGAUCCAGCCAGUAAUUGUGACGACUAGGAAAGGUAUUGGCAUCCAUUAGAAAAAUGACUCCUAGCUGCAGCUAAGUAUAUGGCCCAGUUUACACCAACUUUAUACACAAACAUGACUGAGCUGCUCAUGUAUGAGGAAACUCACCUCUCCCCUCCCCCUUUUGUUUUGGGGAUGUGUGUGAAAACAGUUACUUGGAUUUCUAAAUAGACUCCAGAAGCCAUGUGUAUUCCUAAAACAGACAGUGCACAAGAAAGAUGUGAAGAGAAACAAGCCACUAUUCCACUGUCAACAGAAAGUACUCAGUGAUUAAUGUUAUUUUUUCAUAAUGCAUACAGCAAUCAACAGAGCAAAUCAGUGAUCACAUGAAUAACCAUGUGGUUCUAAACAGCUGAAAGUUAACGUUGAGAGCUGGGAAAUUCAGGGCCCCUUCUCUUAGAGCUGCAACAGAGCACAUUUCUCAAAAGGUUGUGUCAUGGCUGAUGAUUGAAAAUCUAUUACUGGAUGGAUUGGUCCAGUUGUAUGCAGAGGGGUUUUUUUUGUGGCAGUUGCUUCUAAUAGUGUGUGUCAUUGCCAUAGAAAAUAUCCAUGAGUGGGCUAAUCUGCAUUGAGUCAAGCCACGAAGUCCAUAAAAUGAGAAUUCAGCAGCAAAGGCAGGCAGCCUUGGUCUGAUCUUUACAAACAGGGACAUUGCAGUGCAAUGCGUAAAUGCUACACAUGUGUUAUCUCCUAGCUUUAAUGGGCACAGGAAAUCUUGGAAGGACCUCAGAUAGCAUUGUACAGUACUGUAUUUUCAGCUGGGGAAACAGCACUGAGCUGUGAUAAAAUAUUUAACCCCUGUUUUGAAAACCAGCUGAUUCAGUGCCAAAGUUCCUUCUCCAUGAUUGACUUCUUGGACAUUAUUGAACUUUGUGAUACCAAACCCUAGUGUUGUACCUAAAGAAACAAAAUGAUGUAUGUUAGAUAAUUCAGCCAUGAUUAGAGAUACCAUUCUCUAUAGCAUGCGUUCUUAUGGUCAGUUUGUGACUGGAUUUGCUUAUUAGGGCUGAACUGUAUCUUAAAUAAAUCCUCACAUUUGCCUGUGUUUUUAAAUAAGUGCCAUGGGGGGUCAGCCAGGAGAAGAAAUUGGCGUAGGUGCAGGAGGGCAUUAACUCUUUCUACCCACACUGCAGUUCAGGUGCAAAUUAUCCAGCCAAAGCUCAAAAAGGAAUUGAUUCAAUAAGGGUAAAAAUAUGCAUUUACUUAAAGCCAAACACAUUUCGCGUUCUUGAGAGCUCUUUUUCCAGGGAUAACUUAAUUCAGAGAGAUUAAGAAUCUCCUGCAAUGCUUUGACUGUAGUUGGUACAUAAAGUUUUCGCUGAAGUAUUUGAUCUUCUAUUUCCAACAUUUCAGUUGCCCUUACAGUAGUCUGAAUCAAAUAAUUGAAUCAAAUUGAAUUAACUGUUCACUUAACUGAAAUUAUAACAAUUCCAGUUAUAAUUAAGGCUGGUGCAUUUUCUCUGGAUAGCACAUCAAGGGACUGUAUGUAGUACAUGUCUCGCCUUUCACUCCCAGUGUUGAUUAUUUCUCCCCUUAUAGCUGUUGGAUUUCAGUUUCCCCUGCUUUAUGUUUCUUCCCAGUUUACUGCUUUUGCCUGUUUUUCUGCUAACACCAGUUUCUCAAAAGCUGCACAUAUAUUAAAGGGAUAUGCUGUUUCUCCAUCUCUUGGUGCAUUUUUUUUAAUCCCACUGGGUUUAUUGUCACUGUUAUCAUUGAAUGAGUGGUGUGGAUACUUAGAAUCAUAGAAUCAUAGAGUUGGAAGAGACCACAAGGGCCAUCGAGUCCAACCCCCUGCCAAGCAGGAAACACCAUCAGAGCACUCCUGACAUAUGGUUGUCAAGCCUCUGCUUAAAGACCUCCAAAGAAGGAGAUUCCACCACACUCCUUGGCAGCAAAUUCCACUGUCAAACAGCUCUUACUGUCAGGAAGUUCUUCCUAAUGUUUAGGUGGAAUCUUCUUUCUUGUAAAGGGGCAUUAGGAUUGUCUUAACUUGAAUUUGGAUGAUAAAUAGUAUGAAGAUGUGUCCCAAUUCAGUAUUUACUAUGGAAGACACAGCAGAUACAGUGAGGGGGGGAAAGUAUUUGAUCCCAUGACGAAGAAAUGACCAGUCCAUAAUUUUAAUGGUAGGUUUAUUGUAGCUGUGAGAGACAGAAUAACAGCAGGAAAAACCCCAGAAACCCGGAAGACAAAAGUCAGAGAUUGAUAUGCAUUAUAAGGAGUGAAAUAAGUAUUUGAUCCCCUAUCAACCAGCCAGAUGCCAAGCUACCUGGUAUCUUCACUGUAUGUAACAAGAUGAGAUUAGAAGCAGCUGCUGUAAGGGAGAGGUCUUACCUGUAAUCCUAGCUUGUUACAGUACCUGUACAAAAGACCCCUGUCGACAGAAGCAAUCAAUCCAGCAGAUUCCAAAGCAGCCACCAUGACCAAGACCAAAGAGCUGUCCAAGGAUGUCAGGGGCAAGAUUGUAGACCUGCACAAGGCUGGACUGGGCUACAAGACUAUUGCCAAGCAGCUUGGUGAGAAGGUGACAACAGCUGGUGCAAUAAUUCGCAAAUGGAAGAAACACAAAACAACUGUCAACCUCCCUCGGUCUGGGGCUCCAUGCAAGAUCUCAUCUCGUGGAGUUGCAAUGAUCAGGAGAACUACAAGGGGGGAAAUUGUCAGUGAUCUCAGGGAAGCUGGGACCAUAGUCACCAUGAAAACAGUUGGUAACACACUACGCUGUGAAGGACUGAGAUCUUGCAGAGCCUGCAAGGUCCCCUUGCUCAAGCUAGCACAUGUACAGGCCCAUCUGCAGUUUGCCAAUGCACAUCUGAAUGACCCAGAGGAGAACUGGGUGAAAGUGUUGUGGUCAGAUGAGACCAAAAUCGAGCUCUUUGGCAUCAACUCAACUCGCCAUGUUUGGAGGAGGAGGAAUGCUGCCUACAACCCCAAGAACACCAUCCCCACCAUCAAACAUGGAGGGGGGCAUAGUAUGCUUUGGGGGUGUUUUUCUGCUAAGGGGACAGGACACCUUCACCACAUCGAAGGGAUGAUGGACGGAACCAUGUAUUGUCAAAUCUUGAGUGAGCACCUCCUUCCCUCAGCCAGGGCAUUGUAAAUGGGUUGAGGAUGGGUAUUACAGCAUGACAAUGACCCAGAACACACGGCCAAGGCAACAAAGGAGUGGCUCAAGAAGAAGCACAUUAAGGUCCUGGAGUGGUCUAGCCAGUCUCCAGACCUUAAUCCCAUCAAAAAUCUGUGGAGGGAGCUGAAGGUUCGAUUAGCUACACGUCAGCCUCGAAAUCUUACUGGCUUGGAAAGGAUCUGCAAAGAGGAGUGGGACAAAAUACCUCCUGAGAUGUGUGCAAACCUGGUGGCCACCUACAAGAAACGUCUGACCCCUGUAAUUGCCAACAAGGGGUUUGCCAGCAAGUACUAAGUCAUCUUUUGCAAAGGGAUCAAAUACUUAUUUUACUCAUUAUAAUGCACAUCAAUCUCUGACUUUUGUCUUCUGGGUUUCUGGGGGUUUUCCUGUUGUUAUUCUGUCUUUCACAGCUACAGUAAACCUACCAUUAAAAUUAUGGACUGGUCAUUUCUUCGUCAGAGGGCAAACAGGCAAAUUUAGCAGGGGAUCAAAUACUCCCCCCCCCCCACUGUAGCUCCACAUGCUCAGGUUGUGAGUAUUUGUCCGAUUUUGGGGGAAGGAUAUAACUUCCACCCAGGUCAAAUAGCUGGUGUUCUGGGGGCAAAGGUGAAUGUUUGCUUCCCCUAUGGUCCUUGUAUUUACUUGUAUCAUUGCAUGUUAGAACUGACAGCAUUUAUUUGCUCUGCAUCCUGCUUUAACUCCUAGUCUCUGCUGAUGACUCACUGGGCCUGUGAGAUAAUUUUUUGAGCGUUGAUGAGCUGCUCGUUUUCAGCCGUACAAUUUUCUCUCCCUUGUAUAUUUCUUUACUCUUGGAAAUUGAUAGGAUUAAGAGGGCAGACUUCAUGUGCCAGGCUCACAAUUGUCUCUUAGCCCCUGUUUUUUCAAAAGCUGUGCCCAUAUUUAUAUAUGGGAAAGACUAUGAAUAAGGCACCUUUAUGUUUGAUAAAUAUAAUUUAGGGAUUUUUUGGAGGGGAGGUGGGAGAAGGAGUGGUAGGAGUUAUACCACCACAAAGACAUGAUCAUAAACAUAUAUUUUAUUAUAACCAGCUACAUCCAGUGAUGCUACAUGUAAUAUUCCAUCUGCUGACAGUACGUUGACAGUCUUCAAUAAUGACUAAAAAUAACUUACAAUUUUUAUUUGCUCACCAACCAACUGAUGAGAUUUGACUGGUCUCUCUAGGCAUGUUUUGCAUGACAACCAUGAUUGGAUCUCCCAGUGUUUUUAUUUUCACUUCAGAAAGCAGGGACGGGGGCUCUGAAUUUGCUCAGAGCUGUAGCACUUUGGGGGCGGGUGUCUCACACUUUCUUCUAAUGCUGUACGGUAUACCAUUCCCAAUCAAAAUCAUUUCUACAGGGCUAACAGCAGUUUCAGAGAUGCUUUUAGAUAAGAACAAAUGGGUACUGUAAGAAAAAUACAAUGCAAAGGUGUUUUUUUUUAAAAAAAGAUAAAGGACCCCUGGACAGUUAAGUCCAGUCAAAGGCGACUAUGGGUUUGCAGCACUCAUCUCACCUUUUAGGCCGAGGAAACUGGUGUUUGUCCACAGACAGCUUUCAGGGUUAUGUGCCCAGCAUGACUAAACCGCUUCUGGCGCAACGAAACACCGUGAUGGAAGCCAGAGCGCACUGAAAUGUCUACCUUCCUGCCACAGCGGUACCUAUUUAUCUACUUGCACUGGUGUGCUUUCGAACUGCGAGGUUGGCAGGAGCAGGGACAGAGCAACACAAGCCCAAGAGGUUUAGACCACAGUGCCACCUGCGUCCCUAAAAAGUACUAUGCACCCUUCCUCUGGCACCGUUAUUCAAAUCAAAUACAGUACCAAUGUGUGCCAAUUCAGUUCAGCUUCCCUAAAGGGGUGUGUGUGUGGUUGGUUGGUUGGUUGGUUGGUUGGUAAAAGACUGAAGAUAUAACUGGAUCUCCUACAUAAUUAAUCUUUCAUUCUGAGAAGCAGGCAACCAUCAAAAAAUCUUAGCUACAGGUGAAACCAUAGACAUGGUUUCAUAUGCUGAAGGAGGAGCUAUGUCUGAUGGAUCAAAAGUGCUGUUUGUGCUCGUGUAUUACCAAAGGGAUGGAGGGGGGACAUGCAGUGCUAUGUUUAAGGAAGCGGUAGCCUCUAGCUUUGUAGAUUGGUAUGGUAAACAGCUUUACUUCUGGUUAUUGAAGCAGAAAUCCUUAAUAAAUACUUGUAAAGGUUAAUGUGUGGUAGAACUGUAACAGUAUUAGCUUGAUGGUUCAAAACUAGACUAAUACCCUUUACAAGUUGGCUUUGAAGGAAACAUUGCCUUGUGGGGUGCUCCUGUUCAGUGUCCCGGCCAGUCAGCAGUGUCUUUACACAAUACUCCAUCCCCUCUGGUUUUUAGCACUUCUCUUUCCUUUCCUUCCUGGUCAGCAUUGCGUACCCUCUGAGCAUGCUCACUAUGGGGGGGGGGUCUGCUUAGGGGGAUCUGGGUUCUAAGUUUAUCUAAUUUGUUUUUUGUUCCCUCAAGCAUUCAGAUACAUCCCUAUUGCCCAUGGGUGGUAUAAUCAAAUUAAAAUUACCUAGUUAAUGCAAGUAGCCGUGUCAUAUGCAUAUGAAAAAUAAAAGCCAACAAGAAAUUUGCUGAAAAUAAUUUGAAAUGGGACCAGCGGGUUGAUUCUUUUUAGAACUUUAUUCACUAAUUUUAAAUUCUUUCUUCCAUCAUGGAAGCCAAAAUAGCAUACAUUUAGAGGAGGCAUGCGAUGCAACUGCUAUGCAGCAGUUUGUGUUGAGAUAUCUAGCUCUCUGCUACUUGAUUUCUAAAAAGCUCUUAGCCAUUAUUAACAUAAUCUGAUUGUUAGUGCAAAUAUGUAGCUGACAUGGAACAACAAUAUUCUAACUGAAGUCACACUGAGAGCUGCCUGCAUCGCCCCCAAGCCUCUUGGGCAGUGCCACUCAUGGCUGUUGCCAUCCUGGAACAAGGUUUAAGAGCAAUGGAGACUGGUCACAGGUCAUCAACAACAAACCAUAGUAUUAUACAUUACUAGCUUUGUAGUAAUAUACACUUAGAAUGAUACUGAAUUAUACUGUAGGAACUGCUGUAGAUUUCUUGCCGUUGCAUAUUUUUUUAAUAGAACUGCCAUAGUUACAGGUCUUGAUCUGAGUCACCUCAAAGGGGGAGCUGCCUCUGAACAUGGGCAGAAUGUGUUUUACCAUGGAUUACUAUAGUAUUCUGCUGCCUGUCUGGAAUUGAGACCUGCCCUCUUAAGUCAGCAAAUAGAGCAGAUUGUCAGUACACAUUGGAAACCAAAAGUUACUAAACAGCAUAGUUACACUGAUCUUUCGUUUUGUUUCUCUGCAGUUACCAAUUACAAUAACGUCGUAGAAACAAAUUCUGAUUCAGAUGACGAAGACAAAUUGCACAUUGUUGAAGAGGAAAGUAUACCAGAUGCAGCAGAUUGUGAUAACAGCGUGCCAGAUGAUGACUUGCCAAAAGACCAUACAGUAUUACCAGAACGCAGUGAAAGAGAAGGAAGUGCAAACAGUUGCUGGGAAGAUGAAGGUAUGUGUCAUCAUCAGUGUCUCUACCUAAAAAGACCUUGCAAACAUAGCAAUAUAUUAACUUUUUACAAAAUUGCACAGUACUGAAAUGACUGUAUUCUGCAUAAAAAUGAAACAAAAGGGAACAGUUGUUGACUGCUAGCUCAAAUAACAGUUAUUUUUGGCCCUGAUUCAGGUAGAUCAUCUCCCCCACCCUAUUUGACCUAGUGCUGAUAGAGUUCCUGCUUCAUACAAGAAGUUACCUGUAUGGCAGAGAGAAGAGACUUGUGCCACUCAUUCUACCAUGUAAAUGAAGUGCCCACACCCAUUGACUUGUGAGCUGGGGUUGGGUUAAUAGUACCAGUUGUGUUCAGAAGUAGCAGGACUAAUAAAGUUUUCAGGGUUUUUUCUGUGGGACAACCAGCCUUAUAUGACCAACAUGCUUUAGGUCUAAUUAAUGCAUAAAGGGGUUAAUACCAUAGAAUAAGCUGUCCUGCCAGGCUUAGCAGCAUCACGGCUGCUUACCUUAGGAGGAAAUGGGCAAUUAAGCUUAUCGUUCUCUCAGUGUACCUGAUGAACUCACCAUGUGAAGAUGUCUAAGCUGGUUGUUCUGGCUUAGCCACAUGGCUUUCACAAGCCGCUCUUCAGUUCCUCCUUCAGUUCCAAUAAUUUAGGAAUUUUCACGAUUGUAAUUAAGUCAGGUUUGACUUCCUGUGCAACUUUUUUUGAAUGCUGUAUGGAAAAGCACAUGUUGAAGAGUUUGUAAGUAAACAAAUGUUUAA